GUUCAGACUGCUGCUGCUGUCAUUGACUGGGGUGGUGGACAGAAAAGGCCAAAUGAUUCAGUGAACGGGGCGACGAGUCCAGCACAGCAUGGACUGCUGCCCGCCAUAGUUAGAGCAGCCUUUAGUUUUUAUUUUUAUUUCCUCGAAGUCAAACCUCUUUAUCGGUAGAAAGUAUUCUUAAUUCCUUUCUCUCGCCGCUGAAGAAAACAGACAACAAUGGAUCGAGUGAAAAGCUCCAUGCAGCAAGUCCCCAACGCUAUUCCCAAAGUGAUCCGACGGACCGGAGGGGCCAACAGCCUGGAGCUGGAGAAGGAAAACUUUGAGAGAGGGCAGGUAAGCGGGAGCACACACUAAUGUUGUAAGAUUAUUUCUCUGAAAGCGUGGGCCGAAGGUCCCACAGCUGAGAGCAGCUUUACAAUGUGGGAGGAUAGUAACAGUCAUGUCAGGAUAUUUGCUGUCAGCUAAAACAAAUGUCUCUCAUGAGCCUCUAAAAUCGUAUGGUUAAGACACAGAUGGCAAAUAUGUGUAUUUAUAUGUGUGUGUGUGUGAAUUUCUGUAUAUAUGUGUGUGUGUGUGUAUUUUUUUAUCAACAUACUGAAGCAAUUCCCUACAAUUUUUGCACUUAGUUUCUUUGACUGUGAUUUUGUGUCAUUUUGUGAUACCAGCUGUACUACAAACGAGCUAUUGAAAUGUGUUAUUUACCUUUGAAAUUAGAUGAUUGUGAACAAAACAGACAGGAGGGAUGCAAGUUUAGGCCUGAUGGAGCUGUGUCAUGUCUCAUAGGCUUCCACUGUCUCCUUUUGACCUAGGGUUAGGGCAGGAUCAGUAAUGGUGAUGAUGAGGAUGGUGAGGAUGAUGAGAUCCGAAGUGAGACCGGUCUAUUUUAGGACAGAAUGCAUCUUUACAUUGUUAUUCAUAGCUUUCUGAAUAAUGAAUGUUGGGUAUCUUCAUGUGACUUUGCAUGAAAAGCUCUUCCUCUGACCAUAUGCAUGCAAGCUGCUGUUGUGCUGUGGAGCCUGCUGCUUCCUGCCUUGGAGGUCUCCCCUCUCCUCUCUUCCCCUAGCCUCUCCUUUCCCAGACCAGGCACAAGGGGAGGGGAGUAAGUGAGUGAGGAGGGGGGGAGAAAGUAGGUCAGAUGGAUCCAGGCAGCCAAACUGCCGUGGCUCUGCUGUAACGUGCUUCCUCCCAUUGACAGUGCACUCAUUACAGCCUAAAUGUGCACAGCAGGUAUUUGGCGAUUGUGUGUCUGGAAUGGAUGGUGGCUGUACAGUUUGCUCACCCCCCCACCAUAGCCCCCCACGCCUCCCCCUUCCGGGACAGCAGCAGCAUGGAUUAGAGACUGGGAGAGACGCAUGCGUGGCUCUUUAUGUAUCCCUAGCCAAGCUUGGUCACUGGGUCACUGUCAGGCUUCUGGGAUCAUCACACCCUACUGGAAGUGUGUCGAGGCAAAAUGCAUUCCAACGUAAAACAUGAGCGGGGUUUAUCUCUGUGUUGUGUUGUUCUCGCACCAAUGAUAAUGUUUGUCAUGGACAGGAAAAAACAUAGCAGUUAGUUUUCUCCCUUUUCUGUAUUAAAAGAUCUUAAUUAUCUGGGAUCAGUCACACAAAGCUCAGAGAUUUGCUGCAGUGAAAGUAUUCUUGCAAGAUGAAACAAGCCCGGGUUUGAUUGUGUGCAGCACAGCAUGACACAUUCAGUUUUCCCUCCUCUGGAAGAGUUUUCGCCUCUGUCUGAGUCGCUGUAGUUGUACAGAAAUCACUCGUGGGGCUUUGUUGUUGUUGUUUGUUUGUUCUUCUCUCACACCCCAUGGUUGACUUUUGACUGUAGAUCCGGAGCUGUGGCAGGCAGUGUGAGAAUCAAUGAAUCUGAUGUCGACUGUACAGAGGAUCAGUGAGAGAUAAUCUCUGAUGAUCUGUUGUGCGGUAAAGCUGCCCAAAUCUGUUGGGUAGCUGGCUUUCACCUCCUGUCUGCCUGCCCUGCCUGGCUGUCUUUGACUUUUACGUUUUCAGCCAUCUUUUUGUAGCCACAGAGCCCAUUUGAUAAAAAUUCAAUGUUUAUAGUCAACUAUGUGCAUGAUAAUAGGAUGUUUUUGUGUUUCUGUGGCCCUCUACCUUGUUCAGAAAGCCAUCGUCGGUUAAAAAAAAAAAAAAAGACUGACUCUAAGAAGUCCUUGCCUAUCUCUCUGUGGAGUUGGGUAAACAACCAGGGUGUGUUCAAAAUCCUCUCUGUCAUAGUGUCCACACUGGGUUAUAAAAAGAACCAAACAGGGCAGCCAGAUAGCACACAGCGCUUGCUUUUAAUGACAUGUUUAGCCCCAUAAUAGCAGCUGACUCUUUAAUUUAGAGUUUAAGGGGAUUUGAUCUUUGGUGUGUUUUUCCUCAAACUUCAUUGCAUGUUUUGGGUUCGUGUUCUGUUGUUUUUCAGCAAGACUAAAUCAACCAUUAUACAACAAGUUAGAAUCAUACUUCAUGUAUUUCCUUUACUUUCAAGGCUCCAAAAAUGACAGAAAUGCCAACUCCCUGUCGGAGUGCAAAACAGCCCCAAAGCUGUCAGAGGCAUGAAGAGGUUUUUCAUUUAAAGCUGGUGUGGGUUAUAAUCUCUGGACCGAUAUGAGCCAUAAUUAUUGCCUGUGGGAAAUUUCUUUUGGCACCACUUCGUCAGCUGGGGAAAGCAAAACAAGCCCCUGAAUGUCUCCAUGUAUGGAUUACAUAAUUAAAGCCUUAAAUUAAAUUUUGCUGCCAACUUCCCUCUUCCUUAUUUCUCCACAGAGGUCACUCCUCUUUGUAUCAUUAAAGUCCAUGUUUGUUAAACUGUGUGUAGAGCAGUGAAGGCCAAAGCUUCUUGUGUGAUUUGACUUUCAAUAUUAUGGUCAGAUCAAGUCUAAGUGUAAACAGACUGUAUUUUUAAUUACCUUUACUUCUUAUGUCAAUGUUUAAUCUUUUGAUGUGUUACUUUUACUAUGAAAGCUCCCACUAGGCCACAAGUACAGCAAACUGUGCAGCUUUUAUAGUACUGAUUCAAUAGUUCAUCCUUUUUGGCUUUCGAUUUAGGUAGAUCAACUCUUAAUCAAAAACUUUGUGUCUGUUAUUCUGACCAUUGACCCGUUGCUUUUGAGCUGUUUCCAAAGUGAAUGAAUGACCACCUGACGCUCCCGUGCCUUUUUUGGCCCCAGUGUGUACAAAGCAGUCUUUCUUUAUCUAUCUGCUUAAAAAAUGUCUCUCUCCUCUGACUUUUGACAUGCAAAUGUAUCAUUUGUUGUGAAUAUUUGGAAAAUGUAAAGUGUUUUAGUUUUGCUUACUUUUUGAGUGCAUCAGCCACUUUCAGCUUGCAUUUUUUUAUUUUCAUAUAUUUAACACCAGUGAUUUCGAUAGUUUAUUUUCUUGAUAGUUUAACUUAUUUCUUUUGGUUAAAUUUGGUCAUCUUACCUGUUAGCAUACUCUACUGUUAAAUGAGUGUGUUUAUCCCCGCUGACUAACUUUUCCAACUUUUAAUUCAGUAUUUGUAGUGAAGAUUGUGAUCUAUUUUUACUGAUUUCAUGACUAUUGUUUAAUUUUAUUUCUUACUCUAGUCUAGGCAAACUCUUCCAAUAACUUUAAGCUAGCUUUUUUCUAACUUGCUAACUGUUAAAGGGAUAUCCGGUGUAAAAUUAAUUUAGGGUCAAACACACCGUAAAACCGAGUUAGACACCCCCUCGAGAGAUAAAUGUUGCCGACCACUUGCUUCUCUAGUUAUAUCAACUUUAGUAAUGACUGCACCAUAGCAAUACACACCGGUCCGAGGAGCCAUAAACAAACCUCAACCAAAAUGUUCUUCCUUGAGCUGUGUCACCCCGCAGCAGUCCGUAAUGGACUGGCCUGAGGUCAUGCUACAAACAAGUGGCUGCUGGAAGAGAGUGGGUGAGAUGUGUUUAGUCUCUUUACUAAAGAAAUCAGGCAAAGUUAAAAAGAUGUUUGGUGGCUAGGACCAUAUAUGUACUGUUGAUGAAGUUAGGCGCUGUUCUGAGCAUUGUUUGUGGCUGUAGAGUGGCAUUUUGGUUGAGGUUUGUUUUUGGCUCCUCAGACAGCUGCGUAUUGCUAUCGUGCGGUUGUUACUGAAAUUGGAAUAACUAUAGAAGCAAGCGGUCGGCAACAUUCAUCUCUCGAAGAGGUGUCUAAUUUGGUUUUACGUUGUGUUUGACCCUUAAUUAAUUUUACGCCGUAAUAUCCCGUUAACCUACUCUCAGUUACUGCAUGUUGUGUGACAUUCAGGUGUUACAGCUCAAGUUGUUUUGAACUUAAAGAAAUAUAUAUAUGUGAGUAAGUUCUCCCUGGUUACAUGUAUCCCAAAUAAGCAAUCAUUGCAUUGGUGCAGUAUACAGUACUUGUGUCUGCGCCUCUCUUCAGCCCGCUCAGUCUGCACCCUAUUUUAAGGCUGUUUGGUGCUUUGGCAGUUGUGGUAUUUAAGGAAGGAGCAAUUUUGUGGCCCCUUGUGCACAAGCAGGGCAGACUUCUAAAAAUGUAUAAUCCCCUCAUCUCUGCCUCUUGUCAUCCCGUGUCUAUGUUUUUCUUUGUGACGUGUUGCUUUUACCUCCAUCAAACAUUGUCUUCAUGUUUCCUUUGGCUCUUUUACAUCCUGCUACAAAAAAUGUAGGGAAGUUAUGCGGGGACAUCCGUAAGAAUGCAUGCACACAGACAAGCAUGCAGCAAUGAAAAGUUAGAGCAUUAAAAGCACUGAGGCAGCAGAAACAGCAGGCAAUGGUUUGUGGCCUCAUUGGACUGACUGGCUGCAGAAUAAUAGAGCUGGACAUGAGUGACAGGCCUGUAAGGGGAACAAAGUGCACCGAUGAGUCCCUGGCGACAUUGACAAUGGCUGUGUCCUGAUGUUUUUCGUUAAUCUUGUAAUGUAGAGGAAAAACUUGAGUUAAUGUUAUGACUCCACUCACAAUUUCUAAUCACUGGUAUCUGAUUAUUAUUAGACCUAGGUCUGACUGAUUUCUUGUGGUCUUAAGGUAUCCUCACUCUCAAACAAAAAAAUAUAUGUACAAUUUUUAAAUUGACCCAUGGUAUGACUUUUUUAGAUCAAAAAACGUUGAGUAAGCAAUCGAACAAGACAGAGUUUGUGUGUACAUUAAACAAAAUACAUUAUUGUAUAUUCAUUUAAAGAAUCCAUUUAAUUUCUUCUGAGAUUUGUUGUUUUCGAAGAUCACCAAUACAAGCCAGCUUAACUGCCCCUCAUAAUGAUGACUUUAAUUUAAAAACUGGUCUAGAAACUAGGGCUGGGUGAUAUGGCCUCAAAUCAAGAUCACGAUAUAUUGAGCAGUUCACCUAGAUAACGAUAAAUGGACGAUAACUACUCCACAAGCUGCUCACCCCCUCCCACAUUAACUUUGUCGCUACAACUUUUGAACUGUCCUCCAUCUCCUCACCUGUCUUUCCCUCUUUGCUACGGACUGGAUGGGGUGGAGUCAUGUCUCCGACAAAGGACAGCGGCUUAAAGGGACAUGAGACCAUAGCCUAUCUACACACAUCCAAAACCAACUUUUAUUUAUUCACUUUUUUUUACCCCGAAUAUAUUGACAAGGGCAAAAUGACGUUGGUUAUUGUUGUAAAUUUUGGUAUCGGUAAAUUUUUCAGUUUAUCGCCCCACUAGAAAAUUUGAGUCAAUUUGUUAUUAGCUAUUUAUUUUGAUUCAGCAUUGAUAGCUAUAAUAAUCAGCCUGACACACCACAUAUCAUAACCAGGCAGUAACCUCAAGUAUUGGAAGACCUUUUUAAGUUGUCAUCUUUUAGCUUGAUGAUUUAACAUCAGCUGGGGGAAAUGACUGAAUUAGAUCAAGAAAAUCCUGAAGUGAAAGUUAAAUCUUUCAUUUCUUUUUGUUUAUUUUGAAGAAUCAACAGGUGAAUUUAUGAUAUAAUUGAGUAAUUAUGGGUAUAAUAAGGGAUGGUAGCAAAAUAAGUGGACAACAAAACCCUUGCUUGUGUACUGAGCCAAAAACAAAAAAACAACAGUGAUUCUAAUAUUGAAAUGAAGAGGUUUGGGGCAGCUGAAUGAGAAGCCAGGCGGGGACUGAGUGGGACUGCUGUAUGUGAGAAAUGCUGUGUGAGCCGCCCUCUCAUCGUUGGGCCCACGCUGUACCAGGAAGUUAAAAGACUGGGUCAGGGAAAGAGCCUGCAUUGUCUCGAGACAGACUGUUUAUGUUGUACAGCCUGAAGGUAUAAUGUGCCGUCCUGAUGUUGUAAUGAAAAGCAUAUUGAUUAUCAGGCUGGGCCUGGGCUCAGUGGGUCAGCUGAUGUCCUGUGAUUGUUUACAGUGUCUCUGAUUGAACAAUACAUCUUUUUGGUAUGUAGUGCUUUAAAAAAAAAUCCCCCUCAGAAAAAAAACAAAAAUGGAUAUGUUAUUAAUCAGCUAUGUGAUUCAAAAGAACACUCCUAGCCCCUAGCCAUCAUAUUUUGUACACCCAUAAUUAAAGUCAGCACGUCAGCCUUACUAAAGUGAGCUUUUACUCCAAAUCUAGGAACCUUUUAUUUCAGUUGCGCUCCAGUGAUAGUUGUAGUACUGCAAAAUAAAAUAUGAAAGGCUGUCAACAUUGUUCCCCAUUUAUAGUUGUUGAAUGAGGCUGACAAAGCAUUCAGUUACAGUCCAUGUAGACAUACGUUCUUGACAUAUUUUCACUCUGUCUAUCAAAUCCACAUAUAAUAAUGUUGUAAAAGAGGAUUUUUGCUAAACUGAAAUACUGGAAAACCCCAAGAUUUUAAGAAGUGUACCAAGUCAAGUAACCACUUAAUUUUCCCAGACUGUAAAGAAUCACUCACUCAAUACUUACUGACUUACUCUGUAAUUGAAACCUUUGAUUUCUUUAUUGUACUAAUAUCUGUUUUAAUUCUCCCAUCAAACCCAAACACAGCUGUAUGUCCUCUUAUAUCAGUGGUUCUCAAGUCCAGUCCUGGAGGCCCACUGUCCUGCAUGUUUUGGAUGUUUCCCUGCUCCAACACACCUGAUUUAAAUGAUCAGCUCGUUAUUAAGCCAUUACAGAGCUUGAUAACGAGCUGAUCAUUUGAAUCAGGUGUGUUGGAGCAGGGAAACAUCCAAAACAUGCAGGACAGUGGGCCUCGAGGACUGGACUUGAGAACCACUGUCUUUAAAUGGUGGGGAUGUGAGGGUUGACGGUCUCGCAGAAACCAGAUGGGGGCAUCAGUCACCUAAAAGUGAAUCAUGGUGGAGCCUGAGCUGCUCUUUUCCAAGAUUCACAUGUUUCCAGAAGAAUCAGUGCAGACACACCUGAGAGAGGACUUCAAGGUUAUUAAUGAGGCAUCAUACUUAAGGAAACAAACUGUGCGCUUGUUAAAAGUUUCAUAGCAAUACAAACACUUUAUCAUCACAUCUGAGACUCAUGAAUCUGGUAAAAUACAGAUGUGAAUGUGUAGUUUUGGUGUUUGGAGCAUUAAGCAGUAUUCACAUGAAGUAAACGCCUUGUCUACUACAAAUAAGAAGAGAGACUAGAAAAUUCAACAGUUCUUUAUUUGAUAUUUAGGCUACCCCCACCCCCCGUCCAUUGCCUUGCCCUCUUUCAGCACCCCUGGCGGUCCCCGGACCCCAGCUUGAGAACCACCGGGGUUUGAGCCAUCCCACUCUGCAGGCUCCAUGCUACUAUUGUCUAACAGGAGAGCGGGCUAUUUGCAAAAUAAAGGCAGCCAACUGGCUUGGUGGUAGACGUUUAUGGAGGGCUGGUACGUGCAGGCUGAACAGGGUGAUAUUGUGAAUGUAAAAUGAGCGGGUAACAUCAGCACAGGCUCAGUCAGGUUCCUCCCGGAAAGCGGCGGCUUGUCGGCGGUCGGAUGCUGGAAGUCCUCGCCGAUAAGAGAGCACACAGGGCGCGCAGAGGAGACGCGAAAGGAAGGAAAGGAGGGUAGGAUAGGGGAGCAUUUUAAUACCAAAUCGGGACACAUGUUGAGCUAAUGGCCCGCUCCACCCCCACCCCUUUCUUCUUCUUCUUCUUCUUCUUCUUCUUCUUCUUCCUCCACUUCUUCUCCUCCCAAAUGCGUUUGUUGCCUCAAUCGCUUUCCCGUUACUAAGUCCUCCACGGUAGGAUAAAGCCAGCGGACCUCCUCUCCGGCUCCUUGGAUCUUUACGCGCUGUUCGCUGGGACCGAAAUGGAUCUCAGUAAAAUUGUAAGUCCUUCAGAAGCAAUGUCUUUUAAAUAUUUUUCUGCUUUAACAAUUUUACAUGUUUUAAGAGGUGAGGUGGCGUUUAAGAAGUCUUGUUGCAACCAACCACACGUACACAAGUGCUGCUUGCGCGGAUUCGUGUAAGCUCUGCUCAAUGCAAGCAUGAGCUUGUUUACUUGAGGUGUUGCACUUAAGUGUGGCGUGGGAACUCUUGUGUUUUGUUGUGCUGUAAGUAGAAAGCAUGAAAGUCUCAGUAAGAAGCCGGUUUACAAACUGGGACAGAGGGUCCUUGAAGUCGGUCUUCAGGGUCUCUUAACUCCACUCCUUAAUAACCAGAAUGCCAGGUCAGUGUUUUGCUCAGACUUGCUCUAUGAAAAAAGUCCCAUGAGACAAAAACAUCCUCUGUGGGGACAGAGCAGAGACAUAUGAGGUUUUAGCAGCUCUAUGCUUGUCUACUUUGUGGUCAGACAUUGUGAAAAUGUCUGAGAAGUGCUCCUCUGUAGCGUUUAGCUUCUCACCCUGCUCAGUCUCCAGCUAUAUGAGGGAGGAAAAAGUUGAGCCAAGCACAGCUCCAAUGUGCCAUGAAUAUCAAUUACAGAUGGUAUUGAUGUCAGACAAACCUUAAGAUGGAGCUAACAGUGUGCCAUUGUGUUUCUCUAAAAAGUUAUUGUGACUCUUACUUUUCUGUACUAACAAUAAUAAACGGUUAGAACCCGGCACUUUUGAAAUCUUAAGGGUCGUCUUCGGGUUUCUUUCCCUGUCGAUGUGUGUGCUGUGAAUGAUGCUGUGUCCUGAGUGUACUGAAGCAGGUGCACUUAGGCCAAAGCAACAAGACCAGCCUUUCACUGCCAACAUGGUUGGAUGGCUGUACUUUUAGCCCUUGUAAAGAUGUGGGGGAGGGUGGGUGAUAAAGGAAACCUAGUCCUCUUUUAAAUGAUCCUCAGACUUCUCAGAUUUACUCUUGAACAAGCUGCAUUGAGAAACACUGAUUGAGACAUGUUGGUCAAACAUUGAUGGUAGCAAAUGUAUGAAGAGGCAGGGAAUCCAAACAGGAAAACCUCUCCAAAAUCUCUGAAAUAAAUCUCAGCUGCCCACAUGAAGUCAGCCGGGGCAAGCAGUACAGACACGGCGUAGGUGUUGUAAUGGAAAAUUUCCUCCAGUGGAUCUCCAUUCAGUCACAUUUUACAGUUUAUUGGAGACAAACCUCUUCAUGUUGUUAUGAAACGUCAGUAUUUUGGAUCCACUAGAACCCCUCAAGGCUGUUCUCUCUCUCUGUCCUCUCUCGUUAUUGCUCUCUUUUGGCUGUUUGGCAUGUGGUGAAGCCUAGUGGUAUGAAAACCGAGUCCAGAGAGAUGAAGGACUACAUUCCCACAUUUAACAGGAGUUGGCAAAAAACAGUGAGGGGCAGCGUUGGAAGGUUAGGAACUCGAUUUCUUGAAAUGAGUUGUGUUUUCUUCAAGUUACAAUUCAGGGCCUUCAGAAGGUGAAUUGUACUUGUUGUGCAGGUGACUACUACACUACUCCACUUUCUCAAAUGUCAACAGCAGUCUGAAAUGUCCUUGAAUGAUAAAAUUCUUUACUCUAUUGUAGUUUCAGCUUGUGAAAUCAGUGUUUAUCAGUCUAAUAGCUAGGUGUCGUAACCUAAUAUUUAUCUCCAAGACUAUUGGUUGGGGGAAAAUAGAGGCUAUUUACAGGUGCUACCUAGAAGGGCUGCUUGAUUGUGGCAAAAAUCACAAUUAUUUUGAUUGAUAUUGAUAUCAGGAUUAUUGACAGCAAUUAUCAAAAUGGAAUACCCAUGAUUUGAUGUUAGCAUCACACUCAUUUCAGCCACUUAAAUUUUAUUGUAGUAUUUUGUUUUCAUACCCUAACCCUGUAGAGCUGUCUGAGGGGAGGAGUAAUGUCAAUGAUCAUAUUUUUAUGACUGAAGCUCAACAACCAAAGUCUUUUAAAGCAACCUGCUGAAUAUUUUCUGACUGGUUUAAAUGGAGAAAAUAAAUGCUUGUUGCUACCCUACAUAAAGCAAAGACAUAAAUAUGCAUAAUCAUAUCUAAAUUUAAUUGAAAAAAUAAAAAAAUUAAUGGUUAUAUAAAGAGCAAAGGUCAUGUUUUAAAAGCCAGAAACACUGCGUUCAUUUCAUAGCACAUUGAUGGCUUAUUUCAUAAUAAAACCUUUUUUUUUAUCACAUAACUUCCAUAAAGUUUCUAAUGAUGUCCAUCAAAACAUUUCUUGAACAAACACAAACUUGGCCGUCAGUUGCCAGUCAAACUUUUGUGCUUAAAAAGUCUGCUGCAGGAACUUUUCACUGCUGCGUAGUCUUUUAACUAGUGUCACAUUACUUUAUAAGUAAUCAUUUUUCUUUUACCCACCUACAUACAUUCGUACAGUACAUACAGAAACUCUGAGAUCUUCAUGUGUGUUCAGUGUUGGGGUGUAGUAAGUAAGUGGGCUGAGGCUUUUGGCAGAAGCUGCACAGAUGUUCCUUUUAUAACAAGUGGUCGUGACAUCACCAGUGCUGCAGGAAGUGGCGCUUUGGGAGAGAGGCUCCUUCACACGCGGCUGCAGAAAGCUGUGUUGUUAACCCAGGCUCAUAAACCUGCCAUGCGGGUGUAGGCCUGAGAAUUUAAUUAUGCCUGAGCUCGGCCUUCAGAGUGCGCGUGUGUGUAUGUGUGUGUGUGUCUUUAACCAGCUGCUGCCUUCAGGAACAUUGGCGUGGUUCUCCCAGGUCACACUUUCCCAACGUCCUUAAGCUAGAUGUUUUGAUGUGUUAUAAUAGGCUCUUAAGAGACCACAGCAUCCCACUGAGCUUAUCUGCACCAACAAACGCCCUGUUGUUAAUGGGAUAGAAGAUGCUUUAUUUAAGAAGCUGUUUUAGGAAAAAUAAGCUCAGGGUCAAAGACGAGAUGUUCUGACACUAUUUUCCCUUCUUGAUACUUAUUCCAGUAUCCAGACUUGAACAUUGACAUAUGAAACAAUAUCAUUGGCAUUGGUGAAAAAACACUAAUUGCAUACUUUGGCUAACAUUAAACUCCCUGCAAGCACUUCAGUAUUGUAGAAUAGUAUAAAUAUAAAUGACAUGUUGGAUUUUGGGGGGCUCAUUAAAGAUGGAGUUUGAGAUUCGGUCCUCUCUGCAUGUUUUCAAACCUGAAAAUCAAUAACAAUUGCGCUUAGAGAUUCUGCUAUUGAGUCCUGUGGGUCCUAUCAUGCACAUCUUGAUAUCUUGAAAACGAAUCACUGGAGCAAAACAUAAACUUAUCAUCAAAUAAAAUUGUCUGUAAGAUUGAAUUGGAAACUACUGAAAGAAUUUGGUGGUCAGUUUAGGAUGGCUUUAUAUCUAAGUAGGUGUAAAGUUGCCUGAUUUAUGAUUGUGAAAUGAUGCAGGUGCAAACUAAGCCUUCUACAAGAUACAAGACCCCCGUCAGAAAGGUUUUCUUACAUUGUGUUAUAAGGUUGCAAAAGGACAGGAGGUAUAAUGUGUAAACUGAAGUGCAUGUUUUACAUACAAACACACACACACACACACACACACACGGAGCACUGUGCCAUCCUUCAGGCUCUGGUGUUUACAGUGGCACCAUUUCGCUGGCUUGGUGACAGAAACACCAUACCUCAUCGUUCAGCCUCUGUGAAAGGAGCUAUAGAUAGUUAGUUAGUUUUCCUACACGCAAUGUCUAUAAACUCUGCUAAUAAUGAUGCAGAUUGCCUCAUUUUCCUCCACUGAUAACUGAAAAGCAUGACUUCUAGUUCAUACUCUCACAGCUGUGCUUCCCCUGCAUUCAUGGCAGUGCACCGGAAAAAAAAACCCUUCUAAAAAAAAACCCCAUCUUUUCCACCACCUUUCCCUCCUCUGUGCCAGCCAGGCUCCUUUUCAAGAGGUGUGGAGUGACUUUUGUAUGAGAGCGGAUGUUCGUGUCAGAUGCAACGCACUAAAAAUGGGCUUUAAACAAGCAACACAGAGGGCUCUGUUCACAGAAGUGACCUUUGGAUUCGGGUGGGGUUACUUUUGGAAAAAUGUUUGGGCCCAGAAAUCUGUUCCAUCUAUUAUCUGAUAUUUUGAGGCAAUUAUUAAGAAAAAGUGUUUGUUUGUUUUAGUUAGGGGAUAUGCGUGUGUUUGUUUAUGUGGUGUGGCUAGCUUUUGGUUUCAGGUGUUUAUUUUGAGACGAGCAUGUUCAGCUACACGGGGGUUGUAUCAUACUUGCAAUUCACUUUAAGUCGGUCAAACCUCCUCUUGCUAUUACUGUUCAUUUUAACAAGAAACAACUGUAUGAAAGGCUAAUGUAGACGUGUAAGAUCUAUUUCUGUCCAUUUCACUUAAAGGUACAAUGAACCCACUGUGCCUUUCUUGCUGAGCACCAUACAGCACAACUUCUAACCAGCUGAUUCACUAAGUUGAGCAUUCUGCAUUGUGAUAUAAUGUAGACCAUCUCCUCAGAAGUUGGUGGAGACCAAAAACAAAGCAAAAAAGAGUGAAUAUUAGACAUAUGUUCAAGGCUGCAUGUGUUAUAGACUGCUGCUUGCUAUACUAGGUUGACUUCAGAUGUAGUAACCAAUAGUAUGUGAGUUAAAGGAAUGGUCCAAAGUUGGGAAAUGGUCAAUGUUCAAAAUCGGCCUUUUAUUUCAUAAUGAACACUUAUUUUCAACUUCUCAGAGCAUUAAUAUAGACCUGACUGUAUUCAGGUUAGCUUUGUGAAAAAUCCACAGAUUGUUUCAACAUGGGUCUUAUUUGUGCAGCUGUGGACAGGAAACAUCAACAGAUAUAAAACGAAACUAGUGUCAAAGAGCCUAAAGGUUAGUCGCACUAAGUGAUGUGUGCUUAUUAUAAAUGUAAAUCAGAUGGUUCAUCCAUAUAACGUCAUCCCUCUGGUUUGAUACUUUAAGCAGCAUCACCUCUCAGAUCUCAGUUUCUGGCUUUCACAUUCUUUAGUAACUAUGAAACUAAGAAUGAGGUUGUUUGAAGGUAUUUUUUCCUUGAAAGUCACCUGGAAGAGUCUGACAGGAAAUGUGAGAGGGUAAGAGGAAUGAAAUGUUCGACCUGACUGAACGUCUCGGUCUCAGGCACAGUCUGGGAAGACUGAUCGAAGCUUUUAGUCAGAGGGGGGUUUCAACUGGGCAUUUUUCAGCAGGCAGGCAGGAAAUGGGCAGUACAGGGUGUGCCAAGACAGGAAGCCUGACUGAGCGCCUACAUACCCACCUCCUCCUUUACCACCCACCUCUCCACCCCCUGCACUGCCAUGACUGUGUAUCGCUACAGUGCUGCUGCACUCAAAGACACCUAUAUGUGUACUCUUUAGAGUCAUCCCUCUGAUCCCCUGUUGUGUACCUGUCUUCCUGUGCAAUACAUGAGCCUGUCACCUUUAUGAGGGUCCAUCUCAAUGUUUACCAUCUUUAUUACAAUCUGACACAAAACAAAACAUCAGAUAUUGAGAAUGGAAGGAUUUUCAUACUCAAAUGUAAUGUGAAUGCUGACACAGACAAGCAGACAGUUUUUAGCGUAGCAUAAUACAAGGUGAUCCCAGAGCUUAGGGUGGAAGCUGGAUUCACAUACUGUGGGUUUAAAUUUAGAGUUAUGGGUGCUAUAGAUAGAUUCAGAGGUUAUUCAUCAUUUUAUUUUGAUGGCUGUGUUACCAUUUCUUGCACAUACUCUUUAGCUGGUACUGCUCACUUGUGCUCUAUAUUCAUAAAUUGGCGGCUUAUUUUCUCGAAAAGUGAUCUAGUGCUUCAGAGCUUAGUUGAAAAAUAAAAAUCUAAGUUUCUGAAUUUCUGGAAUCGCCUAGGGAGGAUCAAGGAGAAGAAAUAUUUGUAGAAACAAAAGGUAACUCGAAUCUAGGGCUGGGCGAUAAACCGAAAAUUUACCGAUACAGAAAUUUAUGACAAUAACCAACAUCAUUAUGCCCAUAACCGUAUAUUUGGUGUCAAAAAUGAAUCAAUAAAAGUUGGUUUUGGGUGUGUGUAGUUAGGCUAUGGUCUCAUGUCCUACGUCAGAGACAUGACUCCACCCCAUCCAGUCUGUAACAAAGAGAGAAAGACAGGUGAGGAGAUGGAGGAUGGUUCAAAAGUUGUAGCGGCUGGAGCGACGGCUGAAGUAGACGAAGUUAAUGUGGGAGAGGGUAUGCAGUUUGUGAAGUAGUUAUCGUCCAUUUAUUGUUAUCGAGGGGAACUGCUCAAUAUAUCGUGAUAUUGAUUUGAGGCCAUAUCGCCCAGCCCUACUCCAAACCUGUGGCUCCAUUUCCUCUAAUUAGUGGUAGCACAGUUUCUGGAAGCAAAGGCUUGACUCAAACCUUUGAAUUAGGAAUGAGUGUCUUUGUGACAGGAGCCAGUCAGAAUCAAGGAACUGCUAUGUAUGUGAUUCUGAAAAUAUUGCCAGCUAUGAUGAGUGCUUACAGCUCCUUCUCCUCCUCAUCUUAAAUGACUGGGGUCACAUAAUCACUGUGCUGUUUCUGAGAUUAAUAACUGCGCUAAAUCAUCAGGGUCAUACAAGGAUUCCUCCUCCGCCUCUACGGCCAUGAGAAUUCGAAUCCAGGGAGAACAAGUGUUUCCGAAUUUACUCUGCCUUCCUUUCGUUUGGUUUGGGUGAGGUUUUCCACAGUCAUUUUCCCAUGAUUGAGCAGUACUGGCUCUGGGUUUGUCUCAUGGUUAAUGCUGACAUAAAUCUGGUCACAGCAGAGACAGAAAUAACCAAGAGAGCCGUCUCUUCUCGGAGGCCACUUUGGAAUUUAGGAGUGACCAUGAUGUGAUGACAUUUCUCAGGGAUUAACAUGGAAGUAGAAAUCCAAAGACAGGCAUGCAUUCAUCAUUGUUCAGAGGUGAUUUAAACGAUGUACUAGACCAGGAAGUCUAUGCAAAUAACAGGGCUGUGCGAUUGUUGCAAAACUCACAAUCACAGUUGUUAUGGUAAUUGUGAUAUGAUCAUUGAAUACAAUCACCCAUUAUUUGACACCUGCAUCCCACACAUUUGAGCAACUUAAAACCGCUUUAAAACUUCAAAAAUCAGUUCUUUGGAAAAACACAAAAAGUGGUAAAAAUAAUUUGUUUUGCCUACCUUUUUUUGUGAUUAUUAAAGCAUUUCUGUCUAACUUGAUGAUAUAAAAGUCAUUUCUACUUCUUUAAGGGCGAUGCAACACUUCUUCACUCCACUUCAAGAGCUCUUUCUUAAUUUGGCAAUACUACUCACUAAAUUAAAUGGCAGAUUUCACUGUAGUCAAGUUUUUUUACACUUUGUCAUAAAAGGUUAAAGGAUAUGAGUUCUUUUAGCUCUUACGUUUUAUAACAGACGGCACAUCUAACAAAUCAUUCAGUCUUAUCAUAGCUUUUGUCCUUUGUAAUGCCAAGCCUCCACACCUUCCUCCUCCUGUUCCCUCUUCCUGCUUUCCUCUCUACACCCGUGUCUUUAUGAUGGAUCAUUCUUGCAGGUUGAAAAACUAGAUUGCCUUUAGUUUUUCGUGUCUUUGACUUCUCCUGGCUGUCUGUUCCAGUUUCUUGUAAGAAACAGAGACAUGUAAGAAACAUCUGUUUGUUGACAAGAUGGCUGACAUCUUUGUUAUUGAUUGUUUUGACUCUUAAGAUUUUGAAUUUAUUUGACCUGCAGGCUCCUGAUAAGAAAAAUCAAUGUUUAAUAAUCAUCUCAGAAAAGCCCUCUUAUCCCUACCUCUAGUGUAAGCACACAGAAGGGGCAACACACUCUCAGGCCAGUCCACUCCCGUUUCUGUUGUAAACCUUACACUCACUAGCUCCACUUUUUGUCAUUUGCUUGUGUCAUACAGCAGCUCUAACAUUUGUGGUCGCAGCACAGCAGAGCAGAGCUUGCUUUGUUUCUGUUCUGAAGGAGUAAAGAGGAAAUGACUCCAGUGUAACACGGUCAUUUUAAUGAGGGUUAGAUCUGUUGUACUUGUCAAUACCUGAACUUUCAUUUUAAGCUGUAUCUGUAGCAGCUUUUAUACUUUUAUAUGGAAACAAAUCACCCAGUGAGUGAAGGCAGUUUCAUUAAGCAGGCAGAAGAUGCCGCCUCUCACUGGGCUCUGUGCACUGACCCUUCAGGGGACACAGCCAGGCUAUGAUCAGCAUAUCAAUGCUCUGCUUUCUACAGAAGACCCGAUGAAGGGUUGCCAGGCCUGACUUAACAUACUUUCAACACUGUUUCAGUAAUACUUUGUUCAUAAGCAAAGCUGUGGAGAAAAAACAGAAGUUUUUUUUUAAUAGAUACCAAGAUGCGAAAAGAAGGCUAGCUGUUGGAAAAUUACACUUUGCAUUUAAGUCUGAGGUAAAGAAAGUCUGAUGAAUUACAAGAGCUCCCCUGUGGACACCAUGACAGGUUUUUGCUGAAAUUAACUCAAGAGGACUCCUGCAGGUGCUUGUUUCCCCCUUAAUCUUAAAACCCACUUGCCUCUUACCUGUAGUUUAAGCUUUCUUUAUUGCACACUGUCAGCUGGUCUGCAUGGUCGCACUGUGAGGAGCUGAUAGGCCACUGAAGUGACGAUGCCAGCGGCCAAUGCCAGGAGUCCUAGGCAGCUGGCACUCUCAUUCAACCCCAACACAAAGUACAAAGUCCCACUGUGGGCUAAUUGGGUCAUCCUCAUGUGGGAACCAGUGGCACUGGGAGAUUUUCAAUCAUCUUUUGAUUUUUUGUUUGACUGACAGGGAGAAAAACAGGAAGCAGUUAGAGUUGGCAUCAUCGACAAGUAAAGUUUUAACUUCCUUCAAUUUUUUGUUGACUAAAAGUAAAUUUUGACAUUGCAUGAUAUUUUUUGCUGAACUAGCACUUAAUUUGAUUUUAGUAAUAUCAACUCUCAGUUUAGAAAAGGGAAGGAGUCUAAAUAUUUAUUAUAAAAUAAAUUCCUAUGGCACAUUUUAGCAACAAGGCAAUUCAAAGUGCGUCACGCAAGAUGAGGAGCAGAAGAAACAUUAAGAUAGGACAUCUAAAAGUUAUCCAAACAAGCCAGUAAAUAUCAAAGAGCUUUUAUAAGUAAAGGAGCAGUUGAAACAACAGAUCUAUAUGAUAAUGAUAGGGAUAAUGUUUUUUUUGUUUUUGUUUUUUUGAAAUGCAAUUAAAUCCAGGAACUGUGAACAGGUGGGUCUUCAACCUUGCUUUUAAAGAACUGAGAGUUUCAGCAGACACGAGAUACAAGGAGCAUAAAAACAGAAGCUGCUCUUCUAUGUUUGGAUCUGAUUCUGGGAACAGAAAGCAGACCUUUACCAGUCGAUCCACGAGGUCUUUAUGGGUGGUACUGCAUAAGAAGAUCGUUGAUGGAUAUCAGCUUAACUAUACACUGUUUCAUAAACCAGCAGGAGUGUUUUACAGUAUGCUCUCUGACAGAGUGGUAGCCUGAGUGUAAAGACCUGAAGUGAUGUGAUCCAGGUGUGAAGUUAGCCAAUAAUGAAUAUCCUGCUAAACACAUCUGAAACAUACUGAUGAUACUGAAUUUUCACAGAAAAAUGAACCAGCUCCUGAACCUGCUGUUCUGUAAAGGUUAAAGGAAUUUUUGACCACAAAGAAGACACCUUAAAACACCUGGCAAGAAAAAAGAUUUGCAUCCAUCGACAUUGAGCCUACACAAAUACCUGAUGAUAGGGCUGGGUGAUAUGGUCUCAAAUCAAUAUCCCGAUAUAUUGAGCAGGUCACCUCAAUAACGAUAAAUGGAUGACAACUACUUCACAAGCUGCUCACCCCCUCCCAUAUUAACUUCGUCUACUUCAGCCGCCGCUCCAGCCGCUACAACUUUUGAACCGUCCUCCAUCUCCUCACCUGUCUUUCCCUCUUUGUAACAGACUGGAUGGGGUGGAGUCAUGUCUCCAACAUAGGACAGCGUCUUAAAGGGACAUGAGACCAUAGUCGACCUACGCACAUCCAAAACCAACUUUUAUUUAUUUAUUUUUUGACACAGAAUAUAUUGACAUGGGCAAAAAUAUCGUCAUAAAUUUUGGUAUCGGUACAUUUUUGGUUUAUCGUCCAGCCCUAGCUGAUGAUAUAGAGGUCAGUUUUUAUUUCAGGAAACACUGUUGUAAAAAUCAUCGAUCUUUGUUUGAUGAUGACCAUCAGAAGCAGACUGAAGUAAGAGUGCAAUCUUAUUUUACUCCUUGAACAGAACAUGUUAAGCCCCUGUGUGUUUGACCUUUAGAGUACAAACACACUCACACACAGCCGGAGUCCUGGCUAAGGUUGUAGCUGCUGAUGCAACAGGACAGGUGUUUCCUCGGUGGAAAUGUGUUUUACCAACACUCUGCAUGUUUCAUGACAAGAGAGGAACUGUGGCUGGUCAUCAUCCUCAGGACACGCAUGACUACCUGCCGAGUGUGAACAGGUAGAUAGCGCUGGUAAAUAAGUUCCUCCUCCUGUUUUUUUGUGCUUCAUUCAGGAAACAGUGCGCUCGAGUUGCAGGUGAUUAUACUGUGGUUGUUUUUCCUCCUCAUUUCUAGAGGAGUCUUUUGUUCAGGCUGCUGCGACAAGAAAGAAGCAGAUUUUUGCAGCAGGUUGUUUUUGUCCGUGAUCCUAACUUAGAUUUUUCUUUCAUCACUUUAUCUGAAGGGGUUUUUGCUACACUAACAGAGUUUUGAGACAUUCAGUCUUAAAAACAGUCAGCGACACCUUGUAGUUUGUUUUUCUCCAUUUGCAGAUGUUCUUCAGGGUUUGAUCACUGUAGCAGGCAGGGUUGGAUGGGUUUGUUUUAUCCUGACAACCUAUUCUCCAAGUUGUUUCCCCUCCGUUCUUCGUCAUCCUGCUGUUUCCUCUCCCCACAUAUACUCCUUAUCCAGUGAUUCCACUCUGUGAACUUUUAGUCCAGGCGGCUCAUGUACUGGAAGAGGAGGAGCAAACCAGGGACAUGUGUGAGAAGUAAGAUUAUGAAACAGACCUCUCGUCCUCUGCUGAACUUGGCCGUCACUCUCAUGCUUCAUGAUAUCAUGCUAGUAAUAGUGACAAAAAGCAUGGUUGGCUGUUAUCUUUAACUUUGGCGUUCUACUUUUUGAAUUGAGUGUUUUGGAUGUGUGAUUUUUAUUGGGUUUGAUUUAACCCUCAUAUGAGAAGUGAUUUGUCAGCCGGAUGCUGCCGCAGAACGCCAGGAAAACCAUCUGAUUCAGAUCAAGAGUGUAGACGUGCAGUUUAUAGCAAAAACAUUUUGUGGCCUUGUUUCCAUAUUUAUUUUAUCUUACAGAUUUUGGGUUUGCAUGCUGGAAAAACACAAAUGAUAUGUUUAAAAAUACUGUUCUAGACCAAAAAAAAAAAAUUUUCAUUGACCUCUCGUGUUUGUUUAAAUGAACUUUUGUACUAAUGUCCAUGGUUCAAAGAUAAUAAAUCAUGCUGAUUAUAGUGAUUCCCGGACUUCUACCCCAUCAGCUCCAAAAGACUAACACUUAUAAUAAAUACAUGUCUAGAUAACCUAGGGAUGACUCUUCAUUGAGCCAGAGAUUCAUGAUCUUAAAGAGAUAUUCUGGUGUAAGAUUAAUUUAGGGUCAAACACAUCGUAACACUGAGUUAGACACCCCCUCGAGAGAUGAAUGUUGCUGACCGCUUGCUUCUCUAGUUAUACCUACUUAAGUAAUGACCGCACCAUAGCAAUACACAGUGGUCUAUGGAUCCACGCACAAACCUCAACCAAAACGCCCCUCAAUAGCCACAAAUAAUGCUCAGAACAGCACCUAACUUAAUCAACAGUACAUAUAGGGUCCCAGCCACAGCACUAGCCACCAAACAUCUUUUUAACUUCGACUAAUUUCUUUAGCAGAGAGACAAAGCACAACUCACCUACUCUCUUCCAGCAGCUGUUGUAUGUAGGGAGACCUCAGACGAGUCCAUCACCAAAUGAAGCGGGGUGACACAGCUCAAGGAAGAACAUUGAUGAUCAUUUCUUUAUCAUUUCCUUGAAGUAAUAAUCAUCAUAUUAAUCAUUUUGCACCGCAGACGCGGUAGUUCUUCUGCCUUAGGGUCUUGGUCUGAUUACAUUUCCAUGAAGCAAGCGGUCGCAACAUUAAUCUCUCGACGGGGUGUCUAACUCUGUGUUACGGUGUGUUUGACCCUAACUUAAUUUUACACCGGAAUAUCCCUUUAAGGGGAUGUGUUCCUAUGAUUCACUUAAAAGGAACACCUUCAUUUUCAGAUUUUAAAGUUACGGGUCCUGUGGAGAGCUGUUGCAAAAAGGUCUCAAGUAAUGUCACUCAGUGAGAUCUUCACCAGGAACAGUUAUCCUUCUUCUAUCAAAUGAAAGAGCUAAACUCAGAUGCUCUUAUUGAACUUUGAAGCAGCUAACACAACCGUUAGCACUUCUGGUGAUUGUGGUUUAAAGCUUGUUUGUAUCAAGGUUAGCAAAUUUAUCAACUUUGCAGAAGUCUCGGUUAGAGUCGGAAGUGUGGAUAGGUUGCAUGUUGAAUGUUAAAGUUGUGACACCUCUGCAGUGUUUCUGUAAUGCAGGUUACACAACACUUCAAUUUGAGCUGAUGUUGGAUGACGUUCAGUUCAGCACAACGCGGCCAACAUUCCACCGUACACCCUUUCACAGCACAGACGCAUACUCUCCUGAUCAUUUACACAUGAGCAGUAGUCAGCGCACUCUCAUUCAGUCUGCCAGUUACCAGUCUGAAUGCUAUGUGUUUACCUAUGAUUGUUUCCCGUUAACUAAAUGCAGGCCUCUGUUUUGAAAAUGCCGUGACAGCAGAGGGGUGUGUAUAAGAGAUUCAAUAGUUUAUGUGUCAGCUGAUAAAGACAGGUGUUUGCGUCUGCAGAGCACCUGAAAAGCAGAGAGGAUCUCAAGCCUCUCAGUCCCUGCCCUGAAUAUCAACUCUGCAGAAAGUGGGUCAGAAUCACUUCUGCUUUCCAUCCCCCAGGUGGUUAGCAGAGGAGAAAGCAACUUUUGGAAAAGGUGGAAGUGUGCCAGCUUUAAAGAUGAAACACUUGACACUUGAAGGAUUUUUAUAUUUUCUUGCUGCAAGUUGUGCAAAGAAGUCUGUGGGCUGAUUUGUGUUCUCUCUCUCUCUCUCUCUCUCUCCUCUUCUUCUCCUCUGCCCUCCUUCUUCUCCUCUUCUCAGGCUGUCAGCAUCAAUAAGGCCAUCAACACACAGGAGGUCGCUGUCAAAGAGAAGCAUGCCAGGAAUAUCCUCAUAUUGUCCAAGUUUGUGUGUGUGCGCAUGCAGAAAGGAAGUGUGUUGUCCUCCUUUUUGGAGUGUGUGUUUGUGCGGAGCCGUUCCCCUGUGGCUGGGGGGUUACUUUAGUGCAAGAGGAAAACAACAAACUUAGUGUAACCUCAUCAUCUACAUUUGGCCGUGCUGCAGGCCUAAUUUAAUCAUGUGUGAGAAACAACAGAAAGCAGACAGUGAAGAGUGCUGUUUAGAGUCUGUAAAGUUUAGCCACAAUGAUAAAUAUCUAGGACUUAUUUUAUUGAAAGUGCCUUCGGGGAUAAAUAAAAUUCUUCUUAUUCUGAUUAUUGUUUCAACAUUUUUAGAAAGUUGAAAAUUUAUCAAACUGUUCAGAAGUGAUUUGCAUUCAUUUUGAAUGUUAAACGGGUGCAGUUUGGCCUCUGAUUAUACCACCUGCUGUGCAAAUAGUGUGAAUGUAGGGAUGCAUGCAAUUUAUAGUUAAGUGUAAAAAAUCACAGCAAAGACUAAGUUCAAACUGUGACAUGGGGAUAUUGCUCAAUAUUGUUAUGGGGAGAAGUGCAACAGACAUUAAAGUAAUGCAAAAAAGUCACAACUUAAAUUUGUAUGCUUGUCUGGUGUUCUUUAUGUUAUUAUUAUACCUCAGCAUGUCACUUUUGAAUCUGAAUUGAAUCCAAACAGUACUUUUUUACUACUAAAUUGGCACCAAUUGUUCUGAUGUUGGCUGAGAGCUUGCGUGCAAACAUGCAGGGUGAGAAAGUUUGGUAACACUUUACUUGACGCCUAUCUCUAUGACACAUUAUAAGUAUAUGUAUAAUGUGUUAUAAACAAGUUAUAAACACUCAUCAAUGAUCAUAAUGCUUUAUAGCAAUAAUCAUAACACAUAAAGCAUUUUAUCAUGACUUACAAGGUCAGGUAUUAUCAUGUGUUAUAACUGUUAACAACUCACUGACAAUGCCCACAUAGAUAAUGCAUUAUACAUAUAUUUUUGAUGUGUUACAAUUUGCUUACAUACUUGUAUAACUAUAGUUAUAAACACUCAUAAAUGAUCAUAAUGCUUUAUAGCAAUAAUCAUAACACAUUAUAAAGCAUUUUAUCAUGACUUACAAGGUGAAUGAUAGUUAUAAAGUUUAUGAGCAAACUAUAACACAUCAUAAAUACAUGUAUAAUGCAUUAUCUAUGUGGGCAUUGUCAAUGAGUUAACAGUUAUAACACAUUACAAUACCUGACCUUGUAAGUCAUGUUAAAAUGCUUUAUAAUGUGUUAUAAUUAUUGCUAAAAUGCAUUAUGAUUAUUUAUGAGUGUUUAUAACAAUAGUUAUACAGAGCUAUAACCUGAUUAUAAGGCAUUAUACAUAUAUUUAUAAUGCUUUAUAGGGAUAGGCGUCAAAUAAAGUGUUACCUAAAGUUUAAAUUACUCACAAAAAAAUCGUAUUCGUCCCAAUAUAAUUAGACUAUCGCCAUGUGCUUGUUGUAAAUGAAAAGAAAUGAAAGAGGGAACACCAAAAUACUCCAAACAGAUAUCAUGUACUCUAUGUAAGCCACACACACGAGCUCCUUUAUCCUUGACUGUCCUGUUACCCUGCAUCUUGGGGACUCAUCAUGAGAAAGGCGCCCACACCUUCUGGGCGGCUGUCAACCGGCUCCCUCUCUCCAGCAACGCCGUUCUCUGCUGGAAGUUCUGCCACGUCUUCCACAAGCUGCUGCGAGACGGACAUCCGAACGUAAGCAAAAAUGAUCCAGAGAAACAUUUCAUAUGAGCAUUUUGCGUGUUCACUGGUUAAAAAAUGGUGAUAUUACCUGUUAGAUACUUGAGGGAAUGAUUCAUACUUCUGCUGGUGUUACAUCUGAUCUACAUUUGGUUAAUUGGACCCACUGAGUCUUGUUCAGUGAACUCAUCUCCUCUGCAUUUCCCCCUUCCUCUCUGUUUCCGCUGCCGCCCCUGCAGGUGAUAAAGGACUCCAUGAGGAACAAGGCUGAUUUAACUGAUAUGAGCAGGAUGUGGGUAAGUACUCACAGAUUAUCAUUUAACACCACACAGUCACAAAUUAAAACCAGUGCAGCCCUCUGCUUCCAUAUUCAGACCUUAUCCUUUAUCAUCAUUUUAAUUCUAUCUUUACAGUACUAUAAAUGUUUAAAGUACCAGACAAUGAAAACAUUUGAGGGUCGCUUUUGUUGUUUCUUCUAGCAACAGAAAACUCUUUAUUGAAGAAGCUUUGAUAAUGUUCAUUAACACAGGACCACAGCCACUGACUGUCCCUUCUAGUAUUCAGAUUGAAUUAAUGUUCCUCAUCAUUCUGGUGCUGUCAGACUCACAGACAUAAGCUUUGUUUACAUGGGCACAAAUAAUCGGUAUAAAGGCCAAAUCAGAAUAAAAAAGCAUUAUGCAAACAUGUCAAUUGGAAGAUUCUGAUCCGAUUCAGCUCAAUCAGAAAAAAUUGUAUUCCGAUCGAGAGGGGUGGUUCAUGCCGAUCGUUAUUCCAAAACGUGUCCAUGUAAACACUUAUUUUAAUCGUGACUCUGUGUUGGGGCAAAACUAACCUCACUGCGCACAUGUGCCCUACGUCAACGUGAUGCUUUUCCACUGUAAGUGAUAAGACAUAAACAUGGCGGGAUCGAAAAGCAAUUGGUCUGUGUCUGACACAACCUUCUUGCCAGUUACAGUGUCCUCAUAUAAGGUAGGAUCAGUAUGUGCUGCUGGGCCCGCUUGAUGAUCCUGAAUGCUAGGAACAAUACAACCACUCUCAGAACUUGGCUCAGGUCUAUUCUGAGUGGAGGGAAAAAUUCUGAAUGGGAUGAAGUGAGCAAGUACUGCGCUUGUUGGUUUGUUGACAGCACAGGCUGAAAACUCGUCUUCUGCAUUUGUUUUUUUUUUUGUUUUUUGCGAAAUUAGAAAACACUACGCAUGUCCAAAUGCUUCUUAUCCAUAUAAAGCUUGGUGCAUGUAUACUAGGGGUGUCCCGAUACAACUUUUUUACUUCUGAUGCGAUACCGAUAUUGUAGCCUUCAGUAUUAGCCAAUACCAAUAUUGAUCGGAUAUUAGCACAAACUUGUAUAAAAAGUUUUGCACUCAGCUACAACGUCUUUUUCAGACUUUAAUGAAAAAUACCGCCACAGUGCCGACAUCACUCUUACUCCUUGCUACUUUGCUAGUACCUUAGUACACACAGUUGUUGUUGAUCACAUUGGCUCUACAUGCUAAAUCUGGGCGCUGCUAGAUAGAGGUGCUGAAGUAGAGUCUGGAAUGGACUGCUUGUGUCGGAGUGCUGAUAUCAGAGAUUUUAGAUGCAAGCCGAUAUAUUCCGAUAUUUUAUUUUUUGUUGAUUUCUGACUGAUAUCUGAUUUCAAUAUCGUAUCGGGACAACCCUAAUAUAUAUGCACGUCAUGAUCGGAUUAUUUGAUUUUGCGCCCAUAUAAACAGUGGAUUCAGAUUUUCUGAUCCCUCAAAUUUUAAUCAGAUUAAGAAAUUUUGCAUAUGUUAACAUGGCUAAUGUGACCUAUGAUAGAAUAAUUUUUGUAAGAGAAGACAAGUUUGACCUCUCAAGAGAUCCUGCCAACUACACAACACUGCUGACAGCUAUAUCAACCAGGCAACUCUACCAGCUUCUUUUGAGAGAGCGCCCCUGUUUUUUUGAGGCUAGCACUUUAAGAAACCGUUUCAGUGGUAAUAAUAUUUGUCUUGAUCCCUUCACAGUGUUGCUGCAGACCUCUGUGAUGAAAUUCACUGAGUUACUUGUGUAACUUGUAUGCAUCACUCUUUAUUGAGCAACAGCAUCUAUAAUCUUUCUCGUGCUACGUCUUAAGCAACAGAAGUUUGGGUGGAGAGUUUGCUCUGCCCAGUAUUCCUGGACCUACCCUUUGUUUCUCUAUCACUCAGUUUUUUUGCUGAUGUCACUAGGCAAGAGGAUACAGGAAGUUUGGUCCCUCUGACCAGGGCUUUGGCCUCAGUUUCCUGUUGUGUCAUCGCCUCCCACACUCCCAUACUCAAGGAAACGGGAAGUGAGAAGCAAUCGGCUAAAUUGCUGCUCAAUUCAACUUUGUACAUGCUUUGGAAACAGAGACACUGUGACACAGCAGCGUGCACUGACAAAUAUUUAUUUUGUUGUUGUUUUUUUACGAUUGAGGAGCUCUACAGGAGAAUGUUUUGGCUGCUGAAAUAGAAAUGCUUCAUGCUAGGUCUCACUCUGAUUUCCUGAAAACACCAAAUGCUUCGCCUCCUUUGUGUUCUUGAACCAGCUGGGUUCAUGAGGAAACGAUAACUUCAUUUUUCUACCUUUGAUCGUGUCUCUUUUCUUCUUUUACUCCCUCUGACUCAGGGUCAUCUGAGUGAAGGCUAUGGAAAGCUGUGCAGCAUCUACCUCAAACUGCUCAUCACCAAAAUGGAGUUUCACAUCAAAGUGAGUUGGCCUGGCCUAUAAAAAUCCAGCAGCAGACUCCCUCAUCACUCAUUAUCUUUGUCUCAGACUCUCCUUUUAGUGCAAGUGUGUCUCUGCGGGGGGGAAUAGAAAACUCUGGCUUAUACACUAAUGGCCUCUCAAGAAUCUGUAAUGUAGCCUUUUUAUGUGACAGCUGAGCUGAGCGGUGCAGGGACAGAGAGGCGGCACUGAUGCUAUCGCAGGAAAAUGUGGUUAAUUAAUGCUCUUUAGGGUGACAGGCAGUUUUCAAAGAGGCAACUAGAGAAUAACCCUGAUAUUGUGACCUCUUUUCAGAUAAAAACAUCGAUUAACUCUGUGUUUUUGACCAGUCAGUUUGGUUUUCAGCUGCACAAAAAUAACAAAUGAAAAGGAAAUACAGACUCCUUUUCCAAAUACAGGUCUGUGAACUUCUGUAAACAAACUAAUUGACUUACGAUCUGAAGAGAGCUUUUCGACUGAAGAACCUUCCCUUCUGUGUUAUUUUUGACAGCUAACUGUUACCAGAUACAUGCUGUUUUUUUGGAUACCUAACCUCACAGAUGGCAGAGAAACAAAAACAGUUAUCGCAGAGUUAAGUUUUCCUGCAGCCAAUCGACAGCCUGUCUGAUUCAGAGCCAGGGUUUUUUCUUUUGACUGGCUUCAAACAGGGAGACAGAAUCAAAGAAACGCACAGGAGCAGUUGAAAUCCAAAUGUUUGCCGGAGGUUUCUUCUCAAAAACAUACCUAGCAGCAAUCAUGGAGAGAGAAUGAUUUUUACAUGACGGUUAGGUCAGGUAAGGGCUUGUUUGCUGAAGAGGGUUGUUAGAAAGGAGGAAAACAUCAAGGUUUGUGUUACUUUAUUUUUAGAUAGCUUUUUUUUUCUUUUAUUUAUUUAAAACUUUUGUUGCGCUGAUGUGUGUUUCAUUGACUUUACUAUUUUACUAAUGUGUUAUUUAAAAUUUUCUGUAAGGCGUCCUGAAAGGUGCCUAUAAAUUAUUAUUAUUAUUGUUAAUUAUUAUUAUUAUUAUUAUUUAGAGCAAAAUACUCUGUGAAUCGCUCUGGUUUCAUGAUCUGACACUUUAUUAGUUUUCCUCAGUUUUUAGUAUUAAAAUCUGUGUCAGCAUGCUUCGCAAUAGCAAGACCUCUAAAAACCCACUGAGUACCACCUGCUCAUCCCCAGACAGUUUACAUUGUUAGCUUCAUGACAUAGUUGAGAUUAUAGCGCCCAGAGGUGCAGAUAUUUUCCCCAGGCUGCAGUGCAAAACAAAAAAAAAAGCUAAAGGGAGGUAGAUAUUUGACAAUUUGAAGAUUAGGUGUCAACUUUGUGUUUGCAACUGGAUUAAGUUUUCCCUAAGAGGCCCAAAAUUAUGAUUUUGUAUGAUUCAAAUGAGGGGAAAUUUCCUGUUGGUAUGCUUUAAAGCUGUCUGGUAAAGUAGAAGGAGAGUGAAAUAGCGGUGCGUCAUAUGUAAUAUGAGUAAAAAUUAGAUUUUUUUUCAUGAUUGCUUCUGAUUUGCAAGGAAGGGGCAGGUCUAGAUAAGCUCUUUGCUUCAAAACUGUUUGUUUUUUGACAUACACAUGUUAGUGUAGAUUUAUCUUUGACAUGUACAGUUUUUUUGGUGCACAUAUGUAUUAUUUUGCUCAGUGUUUUUGUUUCUAGUUUUUUUUUUGUUGUUGUUCUUAAAGUUUGAGAUAAAUAAAGAAGAAUUAAAUGUCUGUACCUUUAAGCCACAGAAAUAAAAACAGUUUUUUUUAAAUAGGUUGAAGAGCAGCUUCAUGAACACAAUAAGUGUUUACUCUGUACAUUUAGUCAUGUGUUUAGACCCCCAGAACUGCUUCAGGUCUCCUCCUCUCUUCCUCUCUUUCAGAAUCCUCGUUUCCCCGGCAACCUGCAGAUGUCAAACAGACAGCUUGACGAGGCCGGGGAGAACGACGUGAAUAAUUUGUGAGUGUGGCAUCUUCACUCAUUCUUAUUGAUGUAAUUAUAAUUAUUAUUGUUGUUGUUGUGGUGUUGGUGGACUGCGGUGCUGGCCGGCCUCUCUAGAUGAAAAUAUCAAUGAGUUUGAGUGUUUCAGUGUUAUCUGUCAAACUGUGUCGACCACACUGUGAGGUAAAAUAAAACUGGUAAAUAUUUAAUCACUGUGCGCCAGAGCUGUUCAUUCAUUCAAGAACUUACUCAUGAUGAUAAUUUUAGAAAAGUCAAAGGUUCUUUUUGAGGACAAGGCAUUGAAAAUAGUAAAAGAAAUGAAAUGGUUAGUCAGUUUUAAAAUUCAAAAGUGUUAUCAGUCCAAGAGAAAUUUUUACACCAUCAUGAACUACAAAGCUUAAAUAAAAAGCAUCAGAUAAAUUUGAACAUAAAAUAAUCAGUUUAAGAGCCAGAAUCCAGUUCAGAGUGAGAUUUGAGGCUUGAUUUGAUUGUUUUCAGCAGUGGUCCUUCGUUACUAUGAUCCCCUCUUGAGCAAUUCAGAUCCUGAGCUGGUACAGAUAUCUGCCCCACUGACUGUUAUUCCACUUGUGUUAGUCAUUAAAUAAGGCAUUUUCAAUUUUACACAAUCCCACAGUGCUCCUUGGGUUGUAUUUUGAAGGGCAGUUGCAGUUUGUAGUAAUAGUUAAUUCCUUAUCCGCACGCGAACCCUCCUCCCCAGAUGAAUGUGGCACAAGAGAAUCUUUUUGUGAUUAUAUAAAACAAAUCGAGGUUUGAGAUGACCAGUGUGUGCUGUCAUAGAAAAUUAAAAAAAACAAUGUUGAAGGCUCGAUGCCAAAAAACACACAGCUUUGUUCAGAUGGAUUUUAACGAGAGUGUUUCAAAGUUUUUCUAAAUUUCCAUGAUAAGAAGAUUGAUCAGUACAAAGUGUGCUUUAUUAUGUAGGGUGACCAUACGUCCUCUUUUACCCAGACAUGUCCUCUUUUUUGGGGGCUGUCCGACCCGUCGCCUUGUCUAGCUUUGUCCAGGGGAGUUUAUAAAAUCCCUCAAACGUCUGGGGUUUUGUAUGGAAGUUUUGAGUUUGUGUCGCGUGAAUAUACUGAGUUAGAAGCACGUAAAAAACACUAGACCCGACCUGAAAAACUCUCAAAAUGAACUAUGCGCGACUCUGUGACUCCACCCCCUUCUGCGUAGUCGUGUCCUCCUUUAGGGGAAUCAGAAUAUGGUCACCCUACAUUAGGGAACUUUUAAAGUUUGAGACAUCCAAAUGCGAUAAGGAAAUGAUCCAUUUUUGUACAAUAAUGAUGAGGUAAACACUUUUUUCUGAACAGGCCAGGAUUACCGUAUUUUUCACACUAUAAGGCGCACCUGAUUAUAAGAUGCACCAUCAAUGAACGCAUCUAUUCGUGUCUACUUUCGUACAUAAGGUCCACCGGAUUAUAAAGCGCAUUAAGCCACGCAAAACAGUCUUUAUUUAUCUCAUUCAGUAACUCCGCGAGGCUACGGUAACUGCAGAAAAGAUUUUAAGUGCACCUUAUAGUGCGAAAAAUACAGUAUUUUGUUUUUAGAAAGAGCUGGGUUAGUCUCUGAGCGCCGUCACCCAUCAAUCUAAAGUUUCCACUGUGAUCUGAUGAAAACAGACCUCUGCACUGUCAGCCUGUAAAAGUGGUUCAUCUCUCCGUCUCUGUCUCUCUCACUCUUACAGCUUCCAGUUGACAGUGGAGAUGUUCGACUACCUGGAGUGUGAGCUCAACCUCUUUCUGGGUGGUGAGUUAUUUUACUUCGACCGUCUACUCUCUGCCUCCAGCUGCGCUGUGCUGAUCUGAGCGUGACGCUGCGCAUGACACAGACUGAUGCACACCAGUUCACACUUUGACGGACAGACUGAUUGACGCUGUGUGACUGAUAGGUGUCCUGCACAUAAUGGUGCUCGGAAAUAGACGCAGUAGAUGUGUAUCUGCGGUGUCAUGGGGGCUCCACCUCGUCUGAGUCAGUCUGCUCAAACACCAUUAGCUGUAACACACUGUGCCCGAACCCUGUUGUUGUCUGGGUGAGUCAUGUCGGGUUAAUGUCUUGUUCUAAAUGCGUGGACAGGGGCUAAAAAUAGAUGUCUGGGAUGUGACCAGGAGCUCAGAAGAAAUGAUGGAAAAACCGCACACUCCCAUUCAUUAAUGAGGAGGAAAUUACAGCUGUGCUUCUGUGUGUAUUUCCAUUUACUCUGGGGUGCAGAAACGGAGAUAACUUCAAGGACUUUACUCAAACAGUUAUUGAAUAAAACUGGAAACUUUUCCUUUCAAAUUACCCAACUCUUAAGAAUGUGUAACUACACACACAAAUCUCUCAGAGCCAAUCAGCUUCCUCCUCUGGUCGGGUGUAUUUAAACAGCCUCACAUCACCCAGGAGUGUCUGAGUCUGUGUGUGUUUGUCUGUUUGUUAGUGUUUCAGUGUGUUUUCGAGCUGGGCAGGAAACCACGCCUCUGCAGUGAGCAGCACAGGGGCCCUUUGGGUCUGGUUUUUUGGGCGGGUGUGAACUGGAUGGUGGAGAAAUGAAAGAAAGAGGGGUGUAAUCAUGGAAGUUGCAAGAAGCCAAGACAAUUCUGGUAGUGUUCAGGUUGCUGUUUGCUCACUUGUUUGACAUCAGAACUUUUUUUCAGUCUCUGGAGCGAGCUCUGUGUUUCUAAUGAGUUAGUUUUUAUGGUCUAGGCAGAAAAAUAAACAGAAAGAGAGAGAGAGACUUGAUUGAUUCAUGAAAAAUUCAUCAUUGUUCAUGUUUGCCUCGCUGUGUUUGCAUUAAUAAUCACUUCUGCGUGCGUGUGUGUGUCUGUGUGUGCAUCUGCAAUGACAGCAGCAGUGUUUAACCCAGUCUGUGUGCACAUAUUGAUCCGGUGAUGACAUCCUUUGAUCCGGCUGGUGUGCUUCUCUCUCCUCCUAGUUUUCAGCUCUCUCGACAUGUCUCGGUCAGUAUCGGUGACGGCAGCGGGUCAGUGUCGUCUGGCGCCCCUUAUCCAGGUCAUCCUGGACUCCAGCCACCUCUACGACUACACUGUCAAGCUCCUGUUUAAGCUGCACUCCUGUGAGUGACACACACACACCUCUGUUGGCCAAACUGAACAACUACAGCACAGGAUGCUAAAUGUGUUUACAAUCAUGCAUGUUUGUCCCUCUGGUUUCUGGUCAAAUUUUGGGGAUUUCACAGAUUGAUUUGUUAAAGGAGUUAAUAUGGCAAAUUCCUUUUUUUUAUGUUUGGGUUUGAUUAUUGACCUUUUGUGCAUGAAGACUAUUUUUCAGUCAGUAUUACAUGUUAAAUAGUAUGGGUGGAAGAAAAAAUUGAUACAGCAUAGUAUUGUGUUAUUUUGUCUGCUGAUAUAUCGUAUCGUCUCAUUUACCAAGUAUCCAUUUUUUAAAUUAAUUGCUAAUAUGAAGUCAAUUCAAUGAUAGUGGAAAAAUAAAAUCAACUGUUUGUCCAGUGAGGUUGGUGUAUAUAUAUAUAUAUAUAUAUAUAUAUAUAUAUAUAUAUAUAUAUAAGGUUUGUAAGACAUGCUACAUGAAAAUAAAAUACAGCGGAAAUAAGACGAACAUAAAGGAAAGACAAAUGCUAAAUUAGCAAAAUGGUUGAAAAAAUUGUAUAAAUCACAAUAUAUCAUAUCGCGAUACUCACUGUAUUGCAGAAUGUUAAAAUCACAUUAUUAUCAUGUCAUCGCCCAAGUAUCGUGAUUGUGUCAUGACUAUAUCGUAUCGUACAAUAAUAUCAUGUUGUGAUAAUAUCAUAAUAAUCACGAUACGAUUUUAUCCCACUCCUAUUAAAUAGGUCACAUUUUAACACAAUCUUCUCACUUAUGGAACAAAAUUUGCAUGAACAAAUUUUCCAACUGAAAAUUGCAUAAACUAUAAAUCUCAGUAAACUCACCAAAAAGUGCAUCAUCCUUAAAAACUGUAACUGUGUCAUCUGGAAUAAUGAUAGUAAAGUCAAAACACAUCCCGUCUGCUCUCAUGUUUUGACCACUACCUCCUAAAAACAUCAUAAUGCAUCACUUCUGUAAAUGCUCUGGUCUAGGGCUGGGCGAUAUGGCCUCAAAUCAAUAUCACGAUAUGUUGAGUAAGUCACCUCGAUAACGGUAAAUGGACGAUAACUACUCCACAAGCUGCUCACCCCCUCCCACAUUAACUUCGUCUACUUCAGCCGCUCCAACUUUUGAACCGUCCUCCAUCUCCUCACCUGUCUUUCUCUCUUUGUUAGGACUGGAUGGGGUGGAGUCUUGUCUUCAACAUAGGACAGCGUCUUAAAGGGACAUGAGACCAUAGCCUACCUACACACAUCCAAAACCAACUUUUAUUUAUCUAUGUAUUUUUUUAACACCAAAUUUACUGACAUGGGCAAAAUGACGUCGGUUAUUGUUGUAAAUUUCAGUAUUGGUCAAUUUUCGGUGUAUCGCCCAGCCCUACUCUGGACCCUACUUGAGUUUAGAAUAUUUCAAGAAUGAUCACUAAAUAUGGACUAUCACACACUUUUUUUGUGUGUAAGUUGUUUCUCCAUGAGCUCUAUCACAUCACGAGAACACUGGAUUUAUUCUUUGAGCACCAGCUUAACGUUUAGCUCUUCAGUGUCCUGUGGUGCAGAAGUUUGUGCAUGAAUACUUAAAGGGGGUGAUGCUUCACUUCAAAGGUUCAAAGAUGACGUGCUCCUCUUUGAGUUUAAAAAAAAAAAAUCAGACCUUUUGGUUCCUGAAACCUUCAAAGCCCCACAUGAUAAGCUCAAACAUCCAUGCAACUCUGUUUCAAAAAGAGUUUUUCUCCAUUUCUGAUGAGGAGCCUUUUGAUAUGUUCAUGCACAAAACCCCCAACACUCAAACAUUAUAUGAAUACAGAAUAUCUGAAGAGGUCUUGAGUCCCACCUCUGAAGUUUUUUUUAUGUUUUGUUUCUGCUUUCAGGCCUUCCAGCUGACACUCUCCAGGGCCACAGAGAUCGCUUCCAGGAACAGUUCAAGAAGUAUGUCGUUUGCUGAACUCGCUCGCACACACAGGCAGAACCAGAGCUGAUCAUAAUGUUGCAUCCUCUAAGAAGUGCUCUAAAUGAAUCCACAUCGUCUAAUUCCUCUCUCCCUUCUCUAUGUCUAAGGUUAAAGAGUCUCUUCUAUCGCUCCAGUAAUCUGCAGUAUUUCAAGAGGCUCAUUCAGAUACCACAGCUGCCAGAGGUGAGGACUGCCUCACUAAAUCUGACUUUUUCCAUGGAUUAAAAACAACAGAACUUCUUGUUCAUCUCUUAAACAUGGUGCCAGCUUGUGUUCAAUCGUUGGUUCGCUGAUCCUUUAACAGUCUUCUCAUUAUUUACAGCUGUUUUAGAUAAUCUCAUACAAACUUUCAUGUCUUUUUUUAUUUACUGUUUAUCUUAUAGCUCUUAUCCACCCUCCUGCACUUGACUAGUUUUAGGAAAAUCUAGCCAUAUGAGAGAAGUAGUAGUAUUAGAUAUAUAUUUUAAAUAAGACUUACUUUCCUCAGAUGCACCAACAUCCAACAACUUUUUGUGCACUUGCAGCAAAAAUAACCAAUAUCAGUGAAUAAAACGUGGUUCAAUAUGGACUUUUAAGAAAUAAUUUCAGUGUUUUUAUGAAUCACAGCAUUGCUACAUUAAAUCGUUGCAUUAUUUUGCUCUGAGUUUACUCACAUGCUUUCAGUUUAAUGUUAGCAAUAGCAGCUAAGACAGAUCGUUUUUAAGAAGGCCACAGGGUUAAUGUUACCAUGGAGACGGUUCAAACUAUGAGUGAGACGGACGGUUUCCAACUGAAGUUCUAUAUUUAUACUCAUUACUUACCAAAAGUUGACGAACGGUCGAAGAAUCUCAUUCUCCAGAUUGAGUUCGAGUAUGAGUUGUAGUUUUAUGAGUGCAACCUUACUUCAAUUGUGCCAAAUCCUGGUUAAAUCCAUCAACAAACAAAUUUAAAUGCGGUUUUUAAAGUGUGCUUUGUGAUUCUUGCAGAACCCUCCUAACUUCCUGCGUGCGUCAGCUCUGUCGGAGCACAUCAGCCCCGUGGUCGUGAUCCCAGCUGAGUCGUCAUCCCCGGAGUCUGAACACGUGGUGGAGACAGACGACCUGGUGGACACAGACGUCCCAGUUCUGCCGGUAACUAAAAUAAACAAGACAACAAUCCCUGAGUGGUAUCUUCCCAUAAUGCAAUUCUAUUUGACUGGUGUGUUUUUGUUGCCUCUGAGAAGAACGAACACAAAGUAGUAAAUGAAAGAGGUGGAAGACAAAGUAAUGACAUGAGCACAUUUCCCUGGUGAAAUACAUUAGUAUUAGAUUUUAGUACAAUGUAUUAGAACAUUUGAUAUUUAAAAUGUAAAGUUUAUUGAUUUUCACAUGACUGUCUGUAAAAUCUGUUUAUUUAUGCAUAAAGAGAAAACAUAACGUGGUUUUUAAAUAGUAUUUUAGAUGAACAUUCCAGCUACAAAACACCUGGAUAGAUGGAUGGUGUGAUAGAGAUCAGUGUGUUUUUUUAAUUAUAAUUUAUGUUUUAAACUUUCAGGCUGCAGUGGAGACUAAGUUUGAUGACCUGUUUGGUACCUCAGCCGCUAUAGACCCUUUCAACUUCAACAGUCAGAACGGGAUGCGGAAGGAUGACAAGUAAGACUUUGGCGUGAUUAACUAUAGAGCAGAUUUUAAACUGAGAUCAAGGUCAAGCAGAGUUUUAUUUUUAUAUGUUACAAGUCAAAGUGAAAAUCUAUGUUUUUUUAUUGGUAUUUUGUUUUUACCCAUCAGAGACCGUCUGAUUGAACAGCUAACACGAGAAAUUCAAGCCCUAAAAGAGGAGCUGGAGUCUUUCAGACUGGAGGUAAAGAGAAGAACCGACUGUAUAUCAUCCACUGUUAAAAUUUCUGAUCCCAGAAACAACUUUCUACUAACUACAUAUCUGCUUCAACUUUUUUUUCCUCCAUCCUCAGAGCGGUCGCUUGUGUCAGGCGCUGCGGGGGCGUGUCAGUGAGCUGGAGGCAGAGCUAGCAGAGCAGAGUCACCUGAGGCUGCAGGCUGCAGGGGAGAGCGAGUUCUUGAAGGCAGAGCUAGACGAUCUGCGGAGGGUCAGAGAGGACACGGAGAAGGAGCAGCGAAGCCUGACAGAAAUCGAGAGUAAGGCCAGAUUUAAUAAACUUUUUUCUCUCUGCAGGUAAAUGCGUAGUGUAGUUAAAUUAUUAAAGUAUGGAGUAAUCUUCAUGGAGUCAUCCAUCUCAUCCAAAGAGUGACAGGGAAAAUAAGGAAAUUGAUCAAACUGGGUCUUAGCUGGCACAAAUAAUAACCAGAUGUUUGUUGACUUGUGGUUCUGUCAGAAAAGGCUCAGGCCAAUGAGCAGCGCUACACCAAACUGAAGGAGAAGUACACCGAGCUGGUUCAGAGUCAUGCAGACCUGCUGAGGAAGGUGAGGAAGAGGAAUCUCUGUUUUUAUGUUCAGUAAAUCUGUCUCUGUGUCUAAUUCAGCUGUGAAUCCCCCGACUUAGACUGAAUGUUGUCCUUCUACGGCCCUUAAAAUUUUCUUUCCCUCUUUAUAUUUUACCCCCACUCUCAAUGAUCCAACUCCUGCCUCAGUUUUCUGAAAAGUUUCUCUGCUUGUCUGCAUCUUUAUCCACCGUCGUCCUGUGUUUGUUUCGGUGUGAGUAGAACGCAGAGGUGACCCGGCAGAUGACGGUGGCGCGGGCGGCUCAGGAUGAGGUGGAGGAAGUCAGACGGGAGAUGCAGGAGAAGGUGAAGGCGGCUCAGGAGAGUGCAGACAGACAGGUGGGCACAUUUUCUCAGCAGGUCACUCCCAUGUUUUCAUCCACAUCAUGUGCUGGAGCGUUGGGUAGAAUGACUUCAACACAUAAGAACACCACAAACUGCAUCUUUGAGGGGUUAAAGAUGAUGUGAGUCGUCUAAAGCGUCACUGUGACUUUUCUUGCAGGAGAGGGAUCAGCUGGAUCAGCUUCAGGAGCUCCAGAGGGAGCUGGUGUCCAGCAGGGCAGAACUAGACUCCCUGAAGACCACCAUGGUCUCAACACAGCAGGUAUUUGCCCUUUUAUAAUGAAAACCUUUAGCUGCUGUCUGUCGACUAGAUCUCACAGAGUUCCUACUGCAAAAGAUGAAUAACAUUUAUAGUAUUAAGGACAGCGCCAAAAAGUAAAACCCCUGUUCCAAAAAAAGCUAGGACACUCUAGAAAGUUUGUUGUUUUCCAAAUAAUUUCCACUGUAUAUUUAAUUAAAAUCCGGGCGAAAACGACAUACAAAAAGUUCAGACUGAAGUUUAAAUAGUGCUCAGUUUAAAGUGAUUGCAGGAUCACAUCUAAAAAAAAAGUUGGGAAAGGAUCACAUUUGGGAUCAGAUCAUUUGGCAUCUUCUACCAAAAAAAAGAUUUUUUUAAUUUGUUUUUCAUUUCACCUCAGUCCAGCUUAUAUAGAUAUAUAUUAUAUAUUUUAACCCAUUUAAACUGGGACAGCAUGUACGCAUUUCAACCUCCCAAGCCGGCGGCGCCACUGUGCAUGUCUACUCUUCAAGCUGGGAGCGCGGAUACAUCAUUUUGUAACAUUCUGUAGUUUUUCAAUCAUUGCUGGAGUCAUGAUGAAUCAAAUCAUCAUACCUGUCUGCCUCUGAUAGGCUAAUAAAGCGAUCAGAUUCAUUAUGGGUUAAAGGAAAUUAUUCUGGAUAUUCUGACUUUUUGAGUCUUUUUAAUGUACAGUAGAUGAUGAAAUUUAGUUCUGAUUUUACACGAACAAACAUGAAUUUUGAACUCCUGAAUUAUUUCCUAGAGCUGAUCAAAACUAGCUGCUGUAGCAUUUGCUAUAAAAACUCGACUGUCCCUGAUGCUGAAAAUGAUUUGUAAACUAAACUGAAUCUGUGUUUGUCUCUGAUAUGACUGUCGCUCCCUCCAUUUCAUCUCUCAGUCCUGUGACUCUUCCUCCUACAGCAGAAUCUCAAACACAUGCAGCUGUUGACGGGGUUGAUAUGCUAAUACAUUUCUCUCCCGUCAGUGAGUUUGUGUUCAGUGGAGGGGGAAAUUGGUUUAACAGGAGCGAAGAAGUCUUCACCCUCUGCUCUGCCCGCCUGUGUUCAUCAUGUUUGUAACAGACUGACUGCUUAUUUAAAACAAGGAGAGACAGAAUCAGUUGUUUUAGUACAAAAUGAGUGACUGAGUUGUGAAUUCACUCUGUUAACCGCCCAAGCUCCUCUGAUUUCAUGUGAUUCCCUCUUUCUCCUCUUCCCACCCCUCACAUCCUAUUUCUGUAUCCACUGCUCAUCAAUUCUUGUCAUUUUCUGUCCGCCCUGUCUUCCUCCUCCUCCAAUCUUUCAUCUGCUCCUCACACAGCCCACAUCUCAUCACUUUUGUCACAUCCCUCCAGUGUCCAGAUCCCACUGUAGCUGCUCCUGCCACACACAGUUUGCCUCCUUAUUCUUAACAAUUCUGUUUCUCCUCCGUUUCUCAAUGUUUCCCGUCUUCUGUUGGAUCUUCUGGUUCUCAGGCUGUAAGUCUCUUUUUCUUACCUGCACAACACAUAAAUGCACAUCAUUUACUUCUAUUAAUGACAGGUGAUUCUCAAGGUGUGAUGUAUCCACUCACUCAAGGUGUGAUGUAACCUCUCACUUGAGCAGAGGACAGUACGCCAUGUCUCCCGCUUAAACUGAGGCGAUGUUGUUUCAGUCAGAGUCUGUAUCUGAGUUGCUUUUUAAUAGCGAGGUCUUGCCACAUCCUGACAUUAAACUACCUUGUUUUCCUGUUCAUUGUUGUGCCUCAAAAUCAUUUCCCCUUUUUUCUUUUUCAUUUGUGCAGUCGAGCGAGGUGCUCAGCACCCAGCUGGCCACCCUGGAGUCAGAGAAGGCGGAGCUGGUGGAGUCUCUAUCAAAGGUGGAGGCGGAGCUUGCUGUCCGAGGGGAGGAGCUCGAAAACGUCCAAAGCUCUCUGGCGACUGAAAGGGAAAGUGGAGUGAAGACGGCAGAAGCUCUGCAGAAUCAGCUCAACGAGAAGGUAAAUGAAUGAUCUUUCUUUAUGAGCUUGAAUAAAUCAAAUAUGCAGGUUAAGUUGUUGUGUUAAAUUCAAGUACAUCCAUGCGUGCGUGUGUUUGCAUCCACAGGAGAGCAGAGAGCAGGAGUUAGAAAGCCAGCUGGUGGCGGCUCGCUGGUCCAGUCUGCAGGGAGCCGUAGAGGAGGCAGAGAAGAUCAUCCAAGAUUCUCUGGCACAGAUAGAUGACCCAGCACACAUCAGCUGCACCAGCUCUGCAGGUCGGGAGCUAAUGGUUUUACUGAACAUGACAGCGCAGAGCUGCAGCUAUUCAAGAGCGGGAUUAUAAUUAGCACAGCGUGUGUAGUUCCUUCGGUGUGCAUGUCUGUGUCUCUAAGCUUUGUUGCUUCUCCUUUAAUUCCUGUAGACUACCUAGCAUCCAGAUGUCAGGCCUCUAUAGACUGUAUGGACCGGCUGACCUCUGCCAGAGAGGGCUUUGUGGCCGACAACACAGGUGAGGGCUUUCAGUUCAGCUUUCAGAGGAAUAUGUUAUAAGCACUUAAGUUUCAGUUUGGCAGCAUGAAGCUCAAUAUUAAAAAAAAACAUUACAGCUGGACAAUGACCGCUUAAAUAUAAAAGUUUUAAGGUUUUUCUGAAUGAAUCUCUCCCUUAAAACUUAUUUUGCUCCCAUUUUCUUCUCACAGAGCUAAGGCCAACGUGCUUUGAAAUAGGGUUAGGCCAGAAGAAGAGAAAAAAAAUUUUUUUAAAUUUCCAUUUUGAGAUUAAAGUCAAAAUUUCAAGAUUAAAGUCGAAAUUUUAAAAAAGUCGAAAUUUAUGUCGACUUUAAUCCUGAAAUUUCAAUUUUAAUCUCAAAAUGUUAAUUUUUUUUUACCCCAAAAUUUCAACAUUAUUAACAAUGUUUUGUAAUCUCAAGAUUUAAAAUUUUAUCUCGAAAGAGCUAAUCUCAGAAUUUCGGCUUGUCGGUUUUAUUGACAUAAUUAGGCUUUAUUGACAUAAUCUUGAUUUUUUUAAUCUUGAAAUUUCGACUUUAAUCUCCUACCUGUAAUUAUUUUUUUUCUCUUCAUGUGGCCCUAAUCCUCUUUCGUAAAUAUGCUUCUGUGUUUCCACUCGAGAGUUUUGAUAACAGCUGAAACAGUUUUUAGUUUUAUGGUUUUUCCAAGCUGACAAAUUCAGUUUGACUACAUGUAGCUCUGCGUUUUUAGGGGUGAUAUGACCGGCUAGCACAAGCAAUCAUUCAUUUUAGCAUUUUUGUAUUAAAAGAAACCAGAAUGCAUCAUGAAUAAUUGUUAAAUUGCUGUAUUUUCCAAACAGCGGAUAUUUAGAUGACCAGCAUCUGAUAGACGCAUUUUUCCUUUUUUUUUAAACUUCAAUUUUAUUUGCAUUUUUUAACUAUAACUGAAACAAGACAUACAGUCAUACAGGAAAAAAAAACAGAACAUAAUGUCAUUCAGAGAGGAAAAAAAAUGUCCAUGUAGCCUCCAUUAAAGUUGUUUAUUUUUUUAAGUGUUGUUGAGAGAUUUGUAUUUGUGAUAGCCACAUUUUUCAAUCAAUCAGUCUACAACAUGACGGAAAAGAAUGUGUAUUAAUGAUUUCUACAUUUACAUGAUCUGUGAACUGGUCAGCUGUAAAUCUGUAUUUAUUUAUCAUGUCUUUGUUUAGGUGUGUCUGAGCUGGUGCGAGUGGUGACCCAGUGUGGCCACCUGGUGGGCGACACCAUCAUUCAGGGAAGUGCCACCUCCCACAUGGUGCCUGUUGAGCAAGCUGAUGGUGAGUAAACAUAUGAAUGAGUGAUAGAGAGGUGAUACGUAAGGUCUCUGCUUCUCUCUUGAUACUCAUCUGUGGGCGAGUCCCUUAGCCCCGGCAUGAACAUGCUCCAACAUGUCUGCUCCUCAUGGGUCAUACCUCUUUUGAUGAAAGAGGAAGCUGAGCAGGAGUGAUUGGGUUACUUUUGUAACGCUGUGGAAUAGUUGCUAUAUAACGUCUGGCUCAUGUUGCAAUUAUAAACAGCAGGUGACAGUCGUGACUUCAAGAGCUUGUGUGGUUAAAAUACAUUUGCAGGCUUUACACAGGAGGCCUGUUUUCAAAGUUUGUUCUCUUGGAGGUUUUAAAGAGUCAGGUCAAGUCUACACAUGACCUGAUACAAGAGAACCCAUCACUGCGACAAAAACAGGCGUGUAGAGCUAAAACCAGGUCAGUCUAGACCUGGUGUAGCUGCAGCCUGGAAAUCAAUGAGGCUGCAUUGAUCAUGUUUGCUGAAACAUUUAAAUGCGGCGCUUGAAAGCAUGCGCACAGUUAGAUGCAAAUCAGCUCACAGUCUUUCAUCUAAGAACACAGCCCGGAGGUAUUUUGCUUUCCCUGCUUCUCCCAUCAAAGUGGAGUGUUGAGCGCCCCGCCUCAGGGGAUGUCAGUGUAAUUAUAUCUGCAGCUGUAGCAACUAGUGGCACGUAUCAAGCUGUAAACUAUAUUUGAUCAGAAAAUUAAGAGUAAAUAAUGCCACGGCGUAACAUGUUAGCUGUGAGGCUUCAAAAUGCUUUCGGAUUUUGGUUGUUUUGAGUGCCUGUCGGUGUGUUUUUGAUGACAUGCGUCCUCUUUUGUCUGAAUCAGCCCUGUCAGAGAGCGUGAAGGCGUGCGGGGCCGAAGCUCUGGCUCUUCUCAGCCAGAUGAAGCAGCAGGACAGCAUAGAAGCAGCAGAUAACAGCAAGCUGAAGGCGGCGCUGGAGGCCAUCCUGGCCACUGCAGAGGUCAGUACGUACUGAGGUCAGGUUUGCAGGAAGAUGAACUGAAUAGAGAGAUAGAUUGUUCAAAUAGAAAUCUGCCUUUUUGAGAGCUUUUGCCGUCGCACUGACUUCUCCGUCUUUGUUCAGAAACUGCGUCCUCGUGGUUUGGAGCUAAAGCAAGGGGAGCUGGGAGACCUUGUGGAGCAGGAAAUGGCUGCCACUUCCGCUGCUGUUGAAUCAGCUGCUGCAAGGAUAGAGGUGUGUGCCUGCGUGUGUGGUUACAUUUGUGUGUUUCUGUUCAGCUGCAGUCACCUGAUCCCCAGUCCUGUAUUUAAAAGAACUUUGCGUGUGUCUGUAAGAGCCCUUUGAACGCUGUGAAAACAUCGCCCCCUGUUUCUUUUUGCAGCAGUAUUAACUUCAAAGCAACCUUCUUUUUUUGUCUCUCUGUGGAUCCCAACAGGAAAUGCUCAACAAGUCUCGAGCAGUUGAUACAGGAAUCAAGAUGGAGGUCAAUGAGAGGUAAAACUCACAAGAGACGUUGGGAUCACUUUUUUCUGUUACAAAAGUCAAAUACAAUCCAGUGUCUCCAACGUGAACCAGACCUUACAACAGGGUUUAAUGUAUGUCAAAGAAAAACACUGAAGACUGUUUCCUCUACUUAAGAUUCAGUGAAGUUGGAGAGACAGUCAACCCUCAAAUAAACAGCUUUUUAUGACCGCAGUAUGAUUGGUCUAAUUUCCAUUACAGGAAGUUCAAGAUUCAAAAUGAAAGUAAAAGAUGUUAAAGAAAAAUACAGAAGGAUAAGAUAAGAAGAGAUGAGAUGUUCCUUUAAUAGUCCCACAGGAGGAACCUCAUUAUCUGCUCUUGAUUAGUACAACAAGCUGAGCGUCAAGCUGUUUACUUACUGCAUGACAUUUCAGGGCAGUUGCAGACGAUCACACACUGAGGCCUGAUGUGCAAAGAAUAUUUAUCAGUUCAGCCGCUAAAGUGCAAAGUCUGAGCCCAGCCUUGCUCUGUCUGCCUCAAUGAAAACCUGGAUUUAGUUCUCUGGUGUGUUAUCAGUGGUUUGAAUAUUGUCUUUGCUAACUUGUGUGCUCCAAAUUGAUUCAUUAGGAUUUAUUAACUGCAUAUGAAUCUUAAAUAAAUUGUCUCAGGCUGCAGGUUUGUAGCUCGUAAUGCAUUUGUCUCAUCGUGAUGUCUGUGUUCAUGACAUUUUGGGUUGUUUUUUUCGCUCAAAACAAAUUAAAACUAUGUUUUAAUCAUCUAGCCUGGAUAAUAACUGUCUUUGCACAAAUUUAGCCCACUAAACAGCCUUUUAUUCUGAUUUAAUAAUUCAUGUUUAAAAAAGUUGUUUCCCCAGAAGCCGCACCACUGCUAUGAAAUACAAUCAUAAAACCAAAUAAACAAGCACCGCAGCACUAUUGCUGCUUUGAGAUUUAGGUCAGUGGUGCAUCAGUCAUGCAACAACAAGCCCAUUUCUAAACAAGCCUGAUUCUUCUCUGUUUUGAUCUGCGUCUGUAUUUCCCAACAAAAUGAGCAAAUCUGGAAUAGAAUCAAAUGAGAUUAAGACAUUCGCAGGUUCAACACUGAUUACGCUUUCUAAUGUUGUACUUUCUAGUAAAAUGAGAGAAUGGAUAUUGGCAGCAGCUGUAACGCCGUUCGCUGUGUGAAUUUUCGUGUCCCCUGCUCUGUCGCCCCCUGCAGGAUUCUGGCCUCCUGCACGGAGCUGAUGCAGGCUAUCAAGGAGCUCAUUCUGUCUUCCAAAAAUCUGCAAAGGGACAUUGUGGAGAGCGGCAGGGUGUGUAAUAAUACUUUUCUCUUUUUGUUAUGAAUUUAAUGACUGAUACAUUUUUUAUGAAGCUCACUUAAACUGACUGUUUCAUGUGUGUUUCUCUUUACUCCUUAUACUGUAAUGGAUAAGUUUAUAAUCACAAUAUCAUAUCUACUCUGGAAAAGCUCAACACAGGCUGUUUUUAUGUCUUUUAUUACUUUUAUUUAUUUUAUACUUUUGUGUUUUUAUUUCAUUCAUUUUAUUUCAUUUUAAAUGUUUUUUUUAACUGUUUUUAUUAAUUUCAUUAAGAUGUUUUCACCAUUGCCUGUUCUUUUAAUUUAUUGUGCAGCACUUUGGUAGACUUAAAUGUUUUUUAAAAUGUGCUAUAUGAAUAAAGCGGAUUGGAUUGUGUUGAUUCACAUAAUUUCAUAAGCUGCGGCUUUUGAGUUUGACCCUAUAUUUUUACAGAUGUUUAAUGUGCAAAUGUAUCGGAGUUCCUUGUCGUGAAUUAUGGUAAACUUGUAAUAUUUUGAUUUUUAAUUGUUGGCAAAGAAGAAGACGUUUGAUAAACCCUCAGAAACUGGUGUGGGGAUUUGAACACCAGUUACAGCGUGAUUGAAUUAUAAGACUAAUUCUACAACCAAGAAAUACUUCGCAGGUUGAUUGAUAAUUACACGCAAUGAUUGAAUAUGUCUGCUGUUCUCAUAUCAGAGAGAUUAAACUGUGUCAUAGAACAGUGGUUCUCAAGUCCAGUCCUCGAGGAACACUGUCCUGCAUGUUUUGGAUGUUUCCCUGCUCCAACACACCUGAUUCAAAUGAUCAGCUCGUUAUUAAGCCAUGACAGAGCUUCAUAACGAGCUGAUCAUUUGAAUCAGGUGUGUUGGAGCAGGGAAACAUCCAAAACAUGCAGGACAGUGGGCCUCCAGGACUGGACUUGAGAACCACUGCCAUGGAACAAAGAUUUGAAGAUGUACUCUUGUGUCCACCAGGGGGCAGCCUCCAUGAAGGAAUUUUAUGCCAAGAACUCCCGCUGGACUGAGGGUCUGAUCUCUGCCUCCAAAGCAGUAGGAUGGGGUGCUACAGUCAUGGUGUAAGUAUCAUUGCUCCACUCAGUGUCUGUUGUGGUGUGUUAACGUGUUUAUGUCCAUAAAGAUUUUAGAGGGAAAGCGCUCUGCAAACUGCUGCGACUGUUAAGGAAACUUGAUACAGCCUAGUGAAUAAAAGUGGUGAUCCUUUCAGGGGUAUAAAAAUAAAAUAAAAGUAAUGUUUUCAUGUUCUGCUCUGGGGUUCAUUUUGCACUUUGUAAUUCCAGGGACGCUGCUGAUCUGGUGGUGCAGGGCAAGGGGAAGUAUGAGGAGCUGAUGGUGUGUUCACAUGAAAUAGCUGCCAGCACAGCACAGUUGGUGGCCGCCUCUAAGGUGAGUAAUAAACUCAGACUUGUCAUACUUCUUUUAAAACUUGUACAAGUUUGGUGACCGGACAAAGGAUAUCUUAGCUAUCAUUUUUAUACAAGUAAAUUCAGGAGUUUUUUUGAUAUUUCCUCACUAAUACAGAUAGAGGCAGAAUCCCAGGGCUUUACUUGCAGCAGUAUAGAUGACAAAUACAGAAGAGCAUUUGUGUUUUUACUCGGGGUUGAUAAUCUCUUCUCCUGCUGUUCUCCUCUCCAGGUAAAAGCAGACAAAGACAGUUCCAACCUGCAGCGCCUUCAGCUGGCGUCCCGCGGUGUUACACAGGCCACUGCAGCUGUCGUGGCCUCCACCAAGUCUGGGAAGUCUCAAAUCGAGGAGACAGGUGAGACACUCUCCACAUGGACUACAGAGUCUGGUAGUUUGGUUUGAGAACUGACAGCUGGUUUGAAAUGUCAGUGAAAACUCAUGACAGAGUGAAAAUUUUUGUUGUUUGUGUGCAGAUACGAUGGACUUCUCCAGCAUGACGCUCACCCAGAUCAAACGGCAGGAGAUGGAUGCACAGGUCAGCAACAGAAAACAGGCAGAUAUAAAUGACCAGCAGAGUUGGACAUUGGCAAAGGAAACUCUUUCCCGUUGGCCUUUAACAUUAGAAAAUCAGCAAAUGUAGCACCUUUUCCCUUAAUUUUCUGUCCUUUCAGUAAUUUGAGAAGAAUUAAGAGUAUAAUACGGGGUAAUUAGUGUGUCUGCAUUUCCUCAGGUCCUGGUACUGGAGCUGGAAACUCGUCUGCAAAAGGAACGAGAGCGUCUUGGCGAGCUUAGGAAGAAACAUUAUGAGCUGGCCGGUGUGGCGGAGGGUUGGGGCGAGGAGGAGGAGGGUGAGGAUGGAAACGACCUCUACGCAAAAAUCCUCAUCAUACAAAAUGUUACUCUGCAAAUGAAUAAAGUGUGUCUGUCUCCUUCUUCUCCACAGGCACAGGCUGAGACCUGCAGACCCUCCACCCCCACCCCCUCUUCUUCUCUCUGCCUCUUUCUAUUUAUACACACACUUUUCACUCUUUCUCUUCCUUGUUUUCUUCAUUCUGUUUCCUGUUUGUUGUCUAAGCCAAAUUCAAAGGUGCUUCUUUUCUAAAAACCUGCUUCUCCACCCGUGUCCUAAUGCUUCCAUAGAGGACGGCACUAAGGGCUCAGCAAGAGGGGAGGGGCAUUAAAAAACGGAGGAACAAGUGGAUGUAAGGAGAAGGAAACACCCUGACUUCCCGGCCUCUCACACCCCCUUCUGCCUCCCCCUCAGGACUGUGUCGGUGUAAAGAGCAGUCAAAGUAAAAGUGGACCCAUUCUGCAGAGUAUUUAUUGAUGAUUUCUCCCCCUUUUUUUUUGGAUAAUUCACACCAUCAAGGAGUCAAAGCAGAGAUGCCACGAGCACAAGUUUUACUCAAGAUUUCACCCAAAAUGCACUGCACAAAGGCCGAGCUCUCAGCAGGAAUACUGAGAGGAGGGGCUCAAUGACUGUUGCUGGCAUACCCCAGCCUCAAAAAUCAUGUCUCUGUGUCGCAUAGAUGGCAUGCAUGCGGUGUUUUGUUAGGUGGCGUGAGCUUACAGAGCUGCUCUCUACGUGUCAGUGCGGUUUAUAGUUUCUUCCUCUUCUUUCUUCACUGUGAGUUAUCACCGUACUAAGUCCAUACUCGCUCCGCCGGCUGGUUCACUGGACUUUCUGCCUUCCACCUCUCCACCAUUGUUCUGACUGUGACUGUUAACUCAAGCUUGAACCCCCCUUGUUUUGUAUUUUUAUGGUGUUUAUUUUAACAGAUGCUCUCAUGGAAACUCUCAAAAGGGCGGCUUCAAAAAAAAAAAAGGAAAGUGGCACCGUUAUUUUGUUCUUCUCCUCGUGAGCUUUUGGUCAAGCAACUACCUCAUGCUACAACGACAGAGGUAGCGGUGCAUCAUGGGAAGAUAUGAUGAGCGGGAACUAUCGCCCAAACACUAACGACAUGGAGUUUUUUCUUUUAUUAGUAAAAGGUGUUUUGAUAUUGAAAAAAGCAACAACAGUUUGGUGUUUGCUUAUUUGAUCGCUAAGCAAAAACAGCUCAAGUCUGUUAGAGAAAUUAAAAGUCUCAUAGUAAAUUUUGACGCCCUCAUUGGUGCAUACUUUUUUAUAAAUGGUAGCGGUCAAGCAACGCUACAUCAAAUCUGUCACAAAAGCAGCAGCGAACUUGGACUUGAAGCCGGGAAGACAAAAAGAAAGCCCGAACAAGUUUUUCAGUCAAACCUGAAUGUCAAUUUUGGGGAGUUGUUGGAGGCCGCACAAACCUUUUAAUCUGUGAAAUGUGUAAAAUUAUCUUGUGUUUCACAUGAUCCUGCCUCUUCAAAGAACUCUUCAGGGCUUAUGUUUGUCUUAUAAAUCCCUCUUUGGACCACAAUGGACUCUGAAAUAUGCAGUACAAAGACUGCAGUGUUGUCAAAAGCUUCCUCAAGACCAAGUAGCUGUGUAUAUAAACUACAAGCCUUUUAUCGUUGGAAAUACUCUUUCUUUUCAUUUCAAAGCAUUAGUGUUUUGCAUCCCUAUAAGUAAAAAUUCAGUUCAAUUGAAUUAGGGAUGCAAAAUGGUGCAAGUGAAAGCUACGUGUAACUAAUAUAAUUCAUAAUUUUUUCCAUAAGAGGUUGGUAUUUAACCAUAUUUCCUACUGGGACUGAUGAGAUGACUCUCAGCUUGCAUUUGGUGGACUCUGUAAGAAGACUGCUCAUGCCUUCAGAUGAGAUGGCCUCCUUUUUUUCAACCUUGUCACCUUAUUUCUUCUUUUUUUUCCAUUUAACCUCAGUAAUGAUGACUUUCUGUCUUUCUGUGGCUUAACACACUUAGUUUUGACGCUUGGCCUCAGCUGUGUGUAUCGUAAAAGUAGUGACACUGGUUUAUUUAACAGACGCUGGUCUUAUAGUGUUUGCUUUUAAUUCUUUAACACUAUUUUUGAGCAGCAGAUUGGUGAGUCCAAAAAGGCAAAGAAAAGUGUUUUAUUCGUCGCACCUUUUGAAGUGAUUUGCCUAUUUGCUGCUCGAACCAUGCUUAAACAAACAGCGAGUAUUUUUUGCAGUAAUAAUUUGUGCAGGUCUUUGUAUUUAAUAAUGAUUUUAGACUAUUUUGUCACCUCUUCAGCCUGGGCAAAACAGACGCUGGUUGUAAGAAAAUCUGAAGAAAAACACAAGAGAAAGAUAGAUCUGCUUUUUAUAGUACUUUCAAGUGUCUUGACAGAUGAAUCGAAAGCACCUUCAGUGAUGUCUGGUUGUAUUUUUGGCCCAAAUAUUCUUAUUAACCUCUCUCUCUCUUUGUCUCUCUCUCUCUCUAUCUCUCUCUCUCUCUCUCUCUCUGGGCUCUGUGUCUGUAGUCGUACCAGCUCAGCCAGCCUUCAAACUGCCUCACACUGUAGUCAAAGAGAAACAAAUACUCACAUAGCAACAUUGAAAUAUGUCUUUGUAUGAUAUACUAAAACUAUGUUGGUGGGUUUAUUUUUAUUUUUUCAGUUUUUGAAAUAAAUAUUUCAACUUGUUAAUACGGACAAA